AUGGCAUCCGUGACAGAGAGGGAGAAGCAUCCAUCCAUGUAUAAGGGUAAGACAGUCUAGUUAGCUACAUUUUCAGAUAUUACACAUUUCUAAUUUCGUCAGAAAGUCGUUUUCAUUUCAAGUUUUAUUUUGUAUUUUAAAUGUUUUCUUAUAUUAAAAUGUUUUUUUUUUUUUUAGUCAUUUAGCAGACGCUCUUAUCCAGAGCGACUUACAGUUAGUGAAUAUAUAUAUAUAUUUUUUUUAUACUGGCCCCCCGUGGGAAUCGAACCCACAACCCUGGCGUUGCAAACACCAUGCUCUAUCAACUGAGCUACAUCCCUGCCAGCCAUUCCCUCCCCUACCCUGGACGAUGCUGGGCCAAUUGUGCGCCGCCCAUGAGUCUGGAUUCGAACCAGGAUCUCUAGUGGCACAGUUAGCACUGCGAUGCAGUGCCUUAGACCACUGCGCCACUCAGGAGACAGGACAGCGGAGUCAUUUACAAGUUAAAGCAUACUGUUAGCAAGCUAGCUAACGUUAGCUGGCUGACUCUCUAGCUAAUGUUAUGUGUAUGAUCUGUGUAGUAAUAUUAUUCAUAUCUCAGGGCCAUUUGCAUUGCUAGUUAUAGCCUAAGGUUAGCUAGCUAGCUAACAUUGAAUCUAGUUGGUUAGCUACCUGCAGAUUCAUGCAGGAUAGUAACGUUAUGAGUUGGGAUUACAUUUACAUUUACGUCAUUUAGCAGACGCUCUUAUCCAGAGCGACUUACAAAUAGGUGCAUUCACCUUAUAGACAGUGGGAUAACCACUUUACAAUGUUUAUUUUAUUUUUAUUUUUUAUAUUUAAAUGUUGUUGUUUUUUUUGGGGGGGGGGGGUGGGUUGGGGUAACGGGGGGGGUAGAAGGAUUACUUUAUCCUAUCCCAGGUAUUCCUUAAAGAGGUGGGGUUUCAAAUGUCUCCGGAAGGUGGUGAGUGACUCCGCUGUCCUGGCGUCGUGAGGGAGCUUGUUCCACCAUUGGGGUGCCAGAGCAGCGAACAGUUUUGACUGGGCUGAGCGGGAACUAUGCUUCCGCAGAGGUAGGGGAGCCAGCAGGCCAGAGGUGGAUGAACGCAAUGCCCUCGUUUGGGUGUAGGGACUGAUCAGAGCCUGAAGGUACGGAGGUGCCGUUCCCCUCACAGCUCCGUAGGCAAGCACCAUGGUCUUGUAGCAGAUGCGAGCUUCAACUGGAAGCCAGUGGAGUGUGCGGAGGAGCGGGGUGACGUGAGAGAACUUGGGAAGGUUGAACACCAGACGGGCUGCGGCAUUCUGGAUGAGUUGUAGGGGUUUAAUGGCACAGGCAGGGAGCCCAGCCAACAUCGAGUUGCAGUAAUCCAGACGGGAGAUGACAAGUGCCUGGAUUAGGACCUGUGCCGCUUCCUGUGUAAGGCAGGGUCGUACUCUCCGAAUGUUGUAGAGCAUGAACCUACAGGAUCGGGUCACCGCCUCGAUGUUAGCGGAGAACGACAGGGUGUUGUCCAUGGUCACGCCAAGGCUCUUCGCACUCUGGGAGGAGGACACAACGGAGUUGUCAACCGUGAUGGCGAGAUCAUGGGCGGCGCACAAUUGGCCCAGCGUCGUCCAGGGUAGGGGAGGGAAUGGCCGGCAGGGAUGUAGCUCAGUUGAUAGAGCAUGGCGUUUGCAACGCCAGGGUUGUGGGUUCGAUUCCCACAGGGGGGCAGUAUAAAAAAAUAUGUAUUCAGUAACUGUAAGUCGCUCUGGAUAAGAGCGUCUGCUAAAUGACUAAAAUGUAAAAUGUAAUCAUGGAACAGGCAGUCCUUCCCGGAUUAUGGUUCAUUGUUUAGCUAGCUAGUUAGCUACAUGUCUAAACAAAAAUCUCCACUAUGCAAGGUACCAUUUCACUGUACCGUUUACACCUUCUGUAUCCUGUGACAAACUUAGAUUUUAUUUGAUAUAGUGUGUGUUUACCAGAGACAGUAAUUUCAGUAAACUUAAAAAGAUGAGAGAGGCCUGUAAUUUUCAUCAUAGGUACACGUCAACUAUGACAGACAAAUUGAGGAAAAAAAAUCCAGAAAAUCACAUUGUAGGAUUUUUAAUGAAUUUAUUUGCAAAUUGUGGUGGAAAAUAAGUAUUUGGUCACCUACAAACAAGCAAGAUUUCUGGCUCUCACAGACCUGUAACUUCUUCUUUAAGAGGCUCCUCUGUCCUCCACUCGUUACCUGUAUUAAUGGCACCUGUUUGAACUUGUUAUCAGUGUAAAAGACACCUGUCCACAACCUCACACAGUCACACUCCAAACUCCACUAUGGCCAAGACCAAAGAGCUGUCAAAGGACACCAGAAACAAAAUUGUAGACCUGCACCAGGCUGUGAAGACUGAAUCUGCAAUAGGUAAGCAGCUUGGUUUGAAGAAAUCAACUGUGGGAGCAAUUAUUAGGAAAUGGAAGACAUACAAGACCACUGAUAAUCUCCCUCGAUCUGGGGCUGCACACAAGAUCUCACCCCGUGGGGUCAAAAUGAUCACAAAAAUCCCAGAACCACACGGGGGGACCUAGUGAAUGACCUGCAGAGAGCUGGGACCAAAGUAACAAAGCCUACCAUCAGUAACACACUACGCCGCCAGGGACUCAAAUCCUGCAGUGCCAGACGUGUCCCCCUGCUUAAGCCAGUACAUGUCCAGGCCCGUCUGAAGUUUGCUAGAGUACAAUUGGAUGAUCCAGAAGAGGAUUGGGAGAUUGUCAUAUGGUCAGAUGAAACCAAAAUAUAACUUUUUGGUAAAAACUCAACUCGUCGUGUUUGGAGGACAAAGAAUGCUGAGUUGCAUCCAAAGAACACCAUACCUACUGUGAAGCAUGGGGGUGGAAACAUCAUGCUUUGGGGCUGUUUUUCUGCAAAGGGACCAGAACGACUGAUCCGUGUAAAGGAAAGAAUGAAUGGGGCCAUGUAUCGUGAGAUUUUGAGUGAAAACCUCCUUCCAUCAGCAAGGGCAUUGAAGAUGAAACGUGGCUGGGUCUUUCAGCAUGACAAUGAUCCCAAACACACCACCCGGGCAACGAAGGAGUGGCUUCGUAAGAAGCAUUUCAAGGUCCUGGAAUGGCCUAGCCAGUCUCCAGAUCUCAACCACAUAGAAAAUCUUUGGAGGGAGUUGAAAGUCUGUGUUGCCCAGCGACAGCCCCAAAACAUCACUGCUCUAGAGGAGAUCUGCAUGGAGGAAUGGGCCAAAAUACCAGCAACAGUGUGUGAAAACCUUGUGAAGACUUACAGAAAACGUUUGACCUGUGUCAUUGCCAACAAAGGGUAUAUAACAAAGUAUUGAGAAACUUUUGUUAUUGACCAAAUACUUAUUUUCCACCAUAAUUUGCAAAUAAAUUCAUUAGAAAUCCUACAAUGUGUGUCAACGUAUAUGUAAAAGCAUGUGUGAACCCGUGAAUAUGAACGCCUAAGAACUAAUCGUGUCUCCAUUGACAGUCCAUUUUAAUUCAAGACAGUUUUUUAAUGCGCUCAGUUCCAUAUUAGGUGACUAGGUGAAAUGUAUCAGUAGCUAGGUUAGUUCAUUUAGUCCCCAUAUCACCCCUCAUACAUAAACACACACACACACACACAAACACACACACACAUUCACACACACACACACACACACACACACACACACACACACACACACACACACACACACACACACACACACACACACACACACACACACACACACACACACACACACACAGUGCAGGCAGCAGUAACCCCUCCCCCUCUGCCAUGUAGGUCAGCUAUUGGAUGAGGUUUCCAUGCAGUGUGUUGAACCUGCCCAAUGCCACAUAUGUUACCAUAACGGAGAGAGGAUCUCCCACGGCAAGAAGGUCAUCCUGAACCAUGACGACCCCCAGCACUGUCAGAUAUGGUAACACACACCACAGACACUUGAUAUGUCUGGAAUAAUGUCUGGAACUAUCAAUCUAAUUAUGUGUGUUUGUUCCAGCCACUGUGAGAACAACACUCUGAGCUGUGAGGUUUGUGCUCUUCUGGACACCGUCACUUCGACCACUCCUCCUGCUGGUCUGACCACACCCACCACCCUGCCCGUCUCCACGGUGAUGCCGGAGGAGUCAUGUGACCGGGCCAUGGACCUGGCCUUCCUAUUGGAUGGCUCGGCAGCGCUCAGCGAGGAGGACUUCCUGUCCGUCAAACAGUUCAUCCUAUCAGUGGUGGACAGGUUUAGGAUGGGCUCGGCCCACACCAGGGCUACGGUCCUGCUGUAUCACUCUGGAGUCAAGACCUACGACAUGCAGGUACUAGAGCUCUUCACGGGUCAGGGUAGGAGCCGGGUCGGGUUUACAUUCUGUAGUUGACCCUCAGAUCUGGGUCGGGUCCCGUUUGGUGGACUCGGAUCUCUGACCAGACAGACCCGACAGACCCGAAAUUAAAUUGGAAGAGUUUAGUUCAUAACCAACUAAAAUUUCAGACAUUAACAUUUUAUUCUCUUAAAUGAUUGUCAGACAAAAUCAGCCUGCUUUCAUUUGUUUUUGCUAAAAUGGUACGCAGAAGCACACACAGCCACUAACCCUACUGACUGAGUACUGACUACUAUAGUAGACUGACUGCUAUAGUAGAGACUGACUGCUAUAGUAGAGACUGACUGCUAUAGUAGAGACUGACUGCUAUAGUAGAGACUGACUGCUAUAGUAGAGACUGACUACUAUAGUAGAGACUGACUGCUAUAGUAGAGACUGACUGCUAUAGUAGAGACUGACUGCUAUAGUAGAGACUGCUAUAGUAGAGACUGACUAUAGUAGAGACUGACUACUAUAGUAGAGACUGACUAUAGUAGAGACUGACUGCUAUAGUAGAGACUGACUGCUAUAGUAGAGACUGACUGCUAUAGUAGAGACUGACUGCUAUAUGUAGAGACUGACUGCUAUAGUAGAGACUGACUGCUAUAGUAGAGACUGACUGCUAUAGUAGAGACUGACUACUAUAGUAGAGACUGACUACUAUAGUAGAGACUGACUGCUAUAGUAGAGACUGACUGCUAUAGUAGAGACUGACUGCUAUAGUAGAGACUGACUGCUAUAGUAGAGACUGACUACUAUAGUAGAGACUGACUGCUAUAGUAGAGACUGACUGCUAUAGUAGAGACUGACUGCUAUAGUAGAGACUGACUGCUAUAGUAGAGACUGACUACUAUAGUAGAGACUGACUGCUAUAGUAGAGACUGACUGCUAUAGUAGAGACUGACUGCUAUAGUAGAGACUGACUACUAUAGUAGAGACUGACUGCUAUAGUAUCUCAGGAAAAGUUGGCUACUUGUCAUUUUACCCCACAUAAAAUGUGUGUUAUAAUUUAUUCAGAUAAAAUUACAGAGCCAAUUAUUUGUUUGCUUGUCUAACUGCAUGGACAGACAGACAGACAGACAGACAGACAGAGCGACAGAGACAGAGAUAGAUAGAUAGAUAGAUAGAUAGAUAGAUAGAUAGAUAGAUAGAUAGAUAGAUAGAUAGAUAGAUAGAUAGAUAGAUAGAUAGAUAGAUAGAUAGAUAGAUAGAUAGAUAGAUAGAUAGAUAGAUAGAUAGAUAGAUAGAUAGAUAGAGAAGCAUGCAUAGUUAGUCUAUUUGUCUAUAACUAAUAAUUGUUAUUUGGGAGGCACAACUGCGCAUACGGAAUGGGAUAUAUAUAUAUUUUUGUCUUAUUUAUUUAAUUUACUUAAUGAUAAUUAAGUCCACUCAGGCUAUCUGGAAGGCUAAAGCUGGUUCCUUUAAGGAGCAGUUCUCUCUCUGUGGGUCUAACCCCAAGAAGUUCUGGAAAACGGUUAAAGACCUGGAGAAUAAACCCUCUUCCUCACAGCUGCCCAUGUCCCUUAAUGUUGAUGAUGUGGUUGUUACUGACAAGGAGCAUAUGGCUGAGCUCUUUAAUCACCACUUCAUUAAGUCAGGAUUCCUAUUUGACUCAUUCAUGCCUCCUUGCCCGUCCAACAUUUUCUCAUCUCCCAGUCCUUCUAAUGCGACUAGCUUUCAGGCAGUCACUGAGUCUGAGGUGCUAAAGGAGCUCCUUAAACUUGACCCCAAAACACAUCUGGGUCAGAUGGUUUGGAUCCUUUCUUCUUUAAGGUUGCAGCCCCUCAUCAUCACCAAGCCUGUCUCUGACCUUUUUAACCUGUCUCUCCUCUCUGGGGAGGUUCCCAUUGCUUGGAAGGCAGCCACGGUGCGUCCUUUAUUUAAAGGAGGAGAUCAAGCUGAUCCUAACUGUUAUAGGCCAAUUUCUAUUUUGCCCUGUUUAUCAAAAGUGUUGGAAAAACUUGUCAAUAUUUAGCUAACUGGCUUUCUUGAUGUCUAUAGUAUUCUCUCUGGUAUGCAAUCUGGUUUCCGCUCAGGUUAUGGAUGUGUCACUGCAACCUUAAAGGUAAUAAAUGAUGUCAUCAUUGCCCUUGAUUCUAAGCAAUGUUGUGCAGCUUUUUUUAUUGACUUGGCCAAAGCUUUUGAUACGGUAGACCAUUCCAUUCUUGUGGGCCGGCUAAGGAGUAUUGGUGUCUCUGAGGGGUCUUUGGCCUGGUUUGCUAACUACCUCUCUCAAAGAGUGCAGUGUAUAAAGUCAGAACAUCUGCUGUCUCAGCCACUGCCUGUCACCAAGGGAGUACCCCAAGGCUCCACCCUAGGCCCCACGCUCUUCUCUAUUUACAUCAACAUAGCUCAGUCACUGCACUCUUUGAGAUUGUACAGUCAUACUCAGCUGGCCCCUCCCCGGAUUUUGUGUUGAACGCUAUACAACAAAGCUUUAUUAGUGUUCAAAAAUCUUUCUCUGCCCUUAACCUUGUUCUGAACACCUCCAAAACAAAGGUAAUGUGGUUUGAUAAGAAGAAUGCCCCUCUCCCCGCCGGUGUGAUUACUACCUCUGAGGGUUUAGAGCUUGAGGUAGUCACCUCAUACAAGUCCUUGGGAGUACGGCCAGACGGUCCACUGUCCUUCUCUCAGCACAUAUCAAAGCUGCAGGCUAAGGUUCAAUCUAGACUUGGUUUCCUCUAUCGUAAUCGCUCCUCUUUCACCCCAGCUGCCAAACUAACCCUGAUUCAGAUGACCAUCCUACCAUGCUAGAUUACGGAGAUUGGCAGGUAAGGGUGCUCUCGAGCGGCUAGAUGUUCUUUACCAUUUGGCCAAUAGAUUUGCCACCAAUGCUCCUCUAUGCUCCUCUGUAAACUGGUCAUCUGUAUACCCAACACAAGACCCACUGGUUGAUGCUUAUUUCUAAAACCAUCUUAGGCCUCACUCCCCCCUAUCUGAGAUACCUACUGCAGCCCUCAUCCUCCACAUACAACACCCGUUCUGCCAGUCACAUUCUUGUUACGACCUGGCUCAUAGUUCGUAGCAACAAAGGGAGACCACGCAUGACUUAAAUGUAAAAAGGAAUUAAACUAAACUAAAUAAUAAUAAAUGCAAAAAUGUAACAUAAGCUGUGGACGUCUGUAGGAUCAGUAGUGUCUGCAGUGUGUGGAUGAGUGGAGAGGGUGUUGUAUGGUGAAAACAGACCAACAACCAAAAGGUGGAGGAAGCCAACCUGCCAGUCAGGGAAGAGAGAGAGUGUUGGCUGAUGUUGCCACCCUUUAUAGCCUGCAGGCCAAGCCUAACCCUUAGCCUAGCCCAACCCCAACCCCAGCCCUAGCCCUAGCCCCAGCCCUAGCCCUAGCCCUAGCCCUAGCCCUAGCCCUAGCCCUAGCCCUAGCCCCAGCCCCAGCCCUAGCCCCAGCCCUAGCCCUAGCCCUAGCCCUAGCCCUAGCCCUAGCCCUAGCCCCAGCCCUAGCCCCAGCCCUAGCCCCAGCCCCAGCCCCAGCCCCAGCCCUAUCCCUAGCCCUAGCCCUAGCCCCAGCCCCAGCCCCAGCCCAGCCCCAGCCCUAGCCCCAGCCCUAGCCCUAGCCCUAGCCCUAGCCCUAGCCCCAGCCCUAGCCCUAGCCCCAGCCCUAGCCCCAGCCCUAGCCCUAGCCCCAGCCCUAGCCCUAGCCCCAGCCCUAGCCCCCCAGCCCCAGCCCUAGCCCCCAGCCCUAGCCCCAGCCCCAGCCCCAGCCCCAGCCCCCCAACCCCAGCCCUAUCCCUAUCCCCAGCCCAGCCCAGCCCCAGCCCUAGCCCCAGCCCCCCUAGCCCCAACCCCAACCCCAACCCCAGCCCUAGCCCCAGCCCUAGCCCUAGCCCUAGCCCCAGCCCUAUCCCUAUCCUAGCCCCAGCCCCCCAGCCCUAGCCCCAACCCCAACCCCAACCCCAGCCCUAGCCCUAGCCCCAGCCCCAGCCCCAGCCCCAGCCCUAGACUAGCCCCAGCCCCAGCCCUAGCCCUAGCCCUAGCCCCAGCCCUAGCCCCAGCUCCAGCUCCAGCCCUAGCCCCAGCCCUAGCCCCAGCCCUAGCAGACAGAGUCACAUUCUGUUAAAGGUCCCCAAAAAACACACAUCCCUGGGUCGCUCCUCUUUUCAGUUCGCUGCAGCUAGCGACUGGAACGAGCUGCAAAAAACACUCAAACAGGACAGUUUUAUCUCCAUCUCUUCAUUCAAAGACUCAAUCAUGGACACUCUUACUGACAGUUGUGGCUGCUUGGUGUGAUGUAUUGUUGUCUCUACCUUCUUGCCCUUUCUGCUGUUGUCUGAGCCCAAUAAUGUUUGUACCAUGUUUUGUGCUGCUACCAUGUUCUGCUGCUGCCGUGUUGUGUUGCUACCAUGUUGUUGACAUGUUGUGUUGCUACCAUUCUGUGUUGUCAUGUGUUGCUGCCAUGCUAUGUGGUUGUCUUAGGUCUCUCUUUAUGUAGUGUUGUGGCGUCUCUCUUUAUGUAGUGUUGUGGUGUCUCUCUUUAUGUAGUGUUGUGGUAUCUCUCUUUAUGUAGUGUUGUGGUGUCUCUCUUUAUGUAGUGUUGUGGCGUCUCUCUUUAUGUAGUGUUGUGGCGUCUCUCUUUAUGUAGUGUUGUGGUGUCUCUCUUUAUGUAGUGUUGUGGUGUCUCUCUUUAUGUAGUGUUGUGGUGUCUCUCUUUAUGUAGUGUUGUGGUGUCUCUUUAUGUAGUGUUGUGGUGUCUCUCUUUAUGUAGUGUUGUGGUGUCUCUCUUUAUGUAACCUAACCCUAACCCUAACCCUAACCCUAACCCUAACCUAACCCUAACCCUAACCCUAGCUCUAGCUCUCUAUAUCUAUUAGCUCUCAUCCCAUCACCCUAACCCUAACCCUAACCCUAUAUCUAUAUCAGUUGGUAGAGACAUGAGGUAUGCCUCCUGUAGCUGAGUUGGUAGAGACAUGAGGUAUGCCUCCUGUAGCUGAGUUGGUAGAGACAUGAGGUAUGGUUGCAUACCAGGCGGUGAUGCAACCAGUCAGGAUGCUCUCGAUGGUGCAGCUGUAGAAUUUUUUGAGGAUCUGAGGACCCCAUGCCAAAUCUUUUUAGUCUCCUGAGGGAGAAUAGGCUUUGUCGUGCCCUCUUCACGACUGUCUUGGUGUGUUUGGACCAUGAUAGUUCGUUGGUGAUGUGGACACCAAAGAACUUGAAGCUCUCAACCUGUUCCACUACAGCCCCGUCGAUGAGAAUGGGGGCGUGCUCAGUCCUCUUUUUUUCCCUGUAGUCCACAAUCAUCUCCUUUGUCUUGGUCACGUUGAGGGAGAGGUUGUUGUCCUGGCACCACACGGCCAGAUCUCUGACCUCCCUAUAGGCUGUCUCAUCGUUGUCGGUGAUCAGGCCUACCACUGUUGUGUCGUCGGCAAACGUAAUGAUGGUGUUGGAGUCGUGCCUGGCCAUGCAGUCAUGGGUGAACAGAGAGUACAGGAGGGGACUGAGCACGCACCCCUGAGGGGCCCCCGUGUUGAGGAUCAGUGUGGCAGAUGUGUUGUUACCUACCCUUACCACCUGGGGGUGGCCCGUCAGGAAGUCCAGGAUCCAGUUGCAGAGGGAGGUGUUUAGUCCCAGGAUCCUUAGCUUAGUGAUGAGCUUAGAGGGCACUAUGGUGUUGAAUGCUGAGCUGUAGUCAAUGAAUAGCAUUCUCACGUAGGUGUUCCUCUUGUCCAGGUGGGAAAGGGCAGUGUGGAGUGCAAUAGAGAUUGCAUCAUCUGUGGAUCUGUUGGGGAGGUAUGCAAAUUGGAGUGGGUCUAGGGUUUCUGGGAUAAUGCUGUUGAUGUGAGCCAUGACCAGCCUUUCAAAGCACUUCAUGGCUACAGACGUCAGUGCUACGGGUCGGUAGUCAUUUAGGCAGGUUAUCUUAGAGUCCUUGGGCACGGGGACUAUGGUGGUCUGCUUGAAACAUGUUGGUAUUACAGACUCAGUCAGGGACAUGUUGAAAAUGUCAGUGAAGACACUUGCCAGUUGGUCAGCACAUGCUCGGAGUACACGUCCUGGUAAUCCGUCUGGCCCUGCGGCCUUGUGAAUGUUGACCUGCUUAAAAGUCUUACUCACAUCGGCUACGGAGAGCGUGAUCACAUAGUCAUCCGGAACAGCUGGUGCUCUCAUGCAUGCUUCAGUGUUGCUUGCCUCGAAGCGAGCAUAGAAGUGGUUUAGCUCGUCUGGUAGGCUUGUGUCACUGGGCAGCUCGCGGCUGUGCUUCCCUUUGUAGUCUGUAAUAGUUUUCAAGCCCUGCCACAUCCGACGAGCGUCAGAGCCAGUGUAGUACGAUUCAAUCUUAGACCUGUAUUGACUCUUUGCCUGUUUGAUGGUUCGUCGGAGGUCAUAGCGGGAUUUCUUAUAAGCGUCCGGGUUAGAGUCCCGUUCCUUGAAAGCGGCAGCUCUACCCUUUAGCUCAGUGCGGAUGUUUCCUGUAAUCCAUGGCUUCUUGUUGGGGUAUGUACGUACGGUCACUGUGGGGACGACAUCAUCGAUGCACUUAUUGAUGAAGCCAGUGACUGAUGUGGUGUACUCCUCAAUGCUGUCUGAAGAAUCCCGGAAUUUUUUUCCAGUCUGUGCUAGCAAAACAGUCCUGUAGCUUAGCAUCUGCAUCAUCUGACCACUUUUUUAUUAACCGAGUCACUGGUGCUUCCUGCUUUGGUUUUUGCUUAUAAGCAGGAAUCAGGAGGAUAGAGUUAUGGUCAGAUUGCCAAAUGGAGGGCGAGGCAUGCACACACAUGCACACACAUGCACACACACGCACACACACACACACAUCUUCUAACUGAGAGAGUUAGUAAUCUGUUAUUAGCAAUAUUCCUCAUAUGACAUUGACUUCACUCCUAACCUCUGACCUCUAACCUCUAGGUUCAGAAGUGGUUGUUUAAGAAGACAGUGCGUGAGCUGCACUACAGUGGUGGUGACGCUGCGUUUCUAGACGAAGCGGUGAAGUAUCUGGCCAUCAACAUCUACGACAAGAACAAGAGAGAACAUGCCGGCCGCGUCGCUAUCAUCCUCACUGCCAGCGCCAACCCCCGGCCGCUCCGCACCACCGUCAAGCUGCUUCGGAAGAAAGACAUUACCACCCUUACGCUGGCGCUGGGGCCGGAGGCAAGCUGGACGCAAGUUAAUGACAUCACCAAGGCCAAGCCUGAUAACAGGGCCUACCAGCUGAACAGCGUGUCUGAGCUGCCGGACAACUUCAUGGAGGUCACUGACUACCUCUGUACCCUGGGGCUGGAGCCGGAGACCCCCAAGCCCCUGCCCGCCAAGCCCAGCAUAGCUAGCCUGGGUACCACCACCACCACACAGCCUCCCCUGCUGGAGCCCAUCCCCUCCCUGACCUCCACCCCGUCCCAACACCUCCCCAACCCCAUACAGCAUGAUGGCCUGACCCCCACAACUACUUAUCCCUCACCUUCCUCUCUCUCCUCCUCCACCUCUUCCUCUACCUUCCCCUCUUCCUCUCCUCCCUCUAAAGACGUGACAUUUAUCCUGGAAGGCUCUGACUCGGUUGGGGAGGCGGGAUUUAACGCCUCUCUCCUCUUUCUGGAGGAAGUGAUAUCACAGCUGGCAGACGAAGGGGAGGAGUCAGUGCGCGUUACAGUCAUACAAUACUCUGUAACGGUCACCGUGGAGAUAACGCGCUGGGAAAUACGGUGGCAGAGAAACCAGUUGCUAAGGAGACUACGGGAGAUCCGCUGGAGGGGCGGGGCCAAGACAAACACGGGUGCUGCAAUUGGCCAGACCUACCAGGAAGUGACCACUGAUAGGCCCUCCUCCACCCCCACCUCCCCCCAGCUAGUCUUCCUGGUGACAGAGAACCCCCCCACCGACGUGAUCAUGCGCCCCCCCUCCUCCCACACACACACCCGGGUGUAUCCCAUCGGGGUAGGGCCGAAGGUUAGAGAGGUGGACCUGAUGCCUCUCAGCUCCCCACAACGCCCCCUCAUGGUGGAGGACUAUACCAGCCUUACCUCUCUGGUUACCACUGUGGUUAAUAUCACCAGAAACACCCUCUCUCCUCGCUCCCCCACCCUGCCUCCCCCACGACUCACCCCAACACUGGCCCCCAGAGCCACCCUGCCUCCUUCAGGUAAAACACACACACUCACACACACACACACACACACACAGAAACACACACACGUAAACACAGACUUUGUUGAGAUGGCGCUGCAGUCUUAUGGGCUCCUGACCAGUUCUGUAUUUUGUGUGUUUUCUUACGCUGAGCUUAACUUUGUUUUUACCAUAAUAUUUCCACCAUUACUUCCUAUGACCGAAAAUAGUUUCUGGACAUCAGAGCAGCAAUCGCUAACCUUGAUUUGGAUGAACAAUUCUACUUCAACGAGUCGGCAGCUCUGGGCGUUAUGCUUACCCUGGGCCAGGCCCUGAUCCCGGGACUCUAAAUAAGAAAUGGUGGCCAAAAAGAGGCUAACUAUGUCAGCAUGCAUCUAGACCGCCAGGAAGUGACCACUGAUAGGCCCUCCUAUUAGCCCUCUGUUCUAUUAGCAAAUGAAAACCAACUGGACGAGCUUCGUUCCAGAAUAUCCUAUCAACCUGAACAAUUAAUAUUCUAUGUUUCUGGGAGCCGUGGCUGAACAAGGACAUGGAUAAUAAACACCACGUUGGCUUUUCCAUCGUCAAGACCGGACGGCAGGGUAAGAUGAGAAAGGAGGGGUGUGUCUGUUUGUUAACAACUCUAUUUACCAAGAGAGUUUUCAUGUCUAUUUACCACCACAAACCGAUGCUGGCACAAAAACCCCACUCAUAGAGCUGUAUAGAGCCAUAAGCUAACAAGAAAAUGCUCAUCCAGAGGCAGCAGUUCUUACCUCAUUUCUACCAGCAUGUCAUCUGUGCAACUAGAGGCAACAAAACUCUAGAUCACCUAUACUCCACACACAGAGAUGCAUUCAAAGCUCUCCCUCGCCCUCCAUUUGGCAAAUUUGACCAUAACUCUAUCCUCCUGAUUGCUGCUUACAAGUAAAAACGCAAACAGGAAGUACCAGUGACGUGCUCAAUACGGAAGAUGGUCCGAUUAAGCGGAUGCUAAACUACAUGUCUCUGAGGCGUUCACAUCUCAGAAGAGCUGAAAUGGUCAAACCACACUACAUGGACACUGUGGUGUAGAAGGCACGACAGCAACUCUUCAACCUCAGUAUGCUGAAGAAAUUUGGCCUGUCCCAGAGGGCCCUCAGUGUUCUACAGGAGCACCAUCGAGAGCCUACUGUCGGGCUGCAUCACAGCCGGGUACGGCAACUCCACCUCCGAUGACCGCAAGGCUCUAUAGAGGGUGGUACGCUCAGCCCAACAUACCAUUGGUUGCACACUGACUGCCCUCCAGGAAACCUACAACACCAGGUGUAGCAGGAAAGACAAGAAGGUCAUCAGGGACCUUAGCCAUCUGAGCCAUGGCCUGUUCUCCCUGCUUCCACCAGUCAGACGUGGGCAGUAAUAGGAGCAUCAUGGCAGAAACUGGCCAAUCAGGCUGCUGAACAGCCACCACUACUCAGCUACCUCCUCCUGGCCCCACCCCCCAAUGGACAUUUAUCAUUGUCACUGUUGUAAAUAUGUAUAUUAUUAUUGUUAGUGUUAUUAUUGUUUCUUUCACUUCUCUUUUUGACUAUUGGAGCUCGGAGCUUCAACAUUUCACUGUAGCCUGUGCAUGUGAAUGAUCAACUCAUCUAAUCUAAUCAUCUACAGGGCUGUUUCGCUAGCACAGACUGGAAUAUGAUUCAGGAUUCAUCUGAUAACAUCGAGGGGUUUAUCACAUCAGUCACCGGCUUCAUUAAUAAGUGCACCGACGACGUUGUCCCCACAGUAACCGUACUUACAUAUCCCAACCAGAAGUCAUGGAUUACAGACAACAUCUGCACUGAGCUAAAUGCUAGAGCUGCUGUUUUCAAGGAACGGGACACUAAUCCGGACACUUAUAAGAAAUCCCAGUACGCCUUCCGACGAACCAUCAAACAGGCAAAGCAUAAAUACAGGACUUAUAUUGAAUCCUACUACACCGGCUCUGACGCUCGUCGGAUGUGGCAGGGUUUACAAUCUUUCACGGAUUACAAAGGGAAACCCAGCGGCGAGCUGCCCAGUGACGCGAGCCUACCAGAUGAGCUAAAUGCCUUUUAUGCUUGCUUCCAGGCAAGCAACACUGAACCAUGCAUGAGAAUACCAGCUGUUCCAGACGACUGUGUGAUCACGCUCUCCGUAGCCAAUGUGAGUAAGACCUUGAAAUAGGUUAACAUUCACAAGACCACAGGGCCAGACGGAUUACCAGGAUGUGUACUCAGAGCAUGCGCUGACCUUCCCAACUGGCAAGUGCCUUCACUGACAUUUUCAACCUGUCCCUGGCCGAGUCAGUAAUACCUACAUGUUUCAAGCAGACCACCAUAGUCCCUGUGACCAAGAACACCAACGUAAGCUGCCUAAAUGACAACCGACCUGUAGCACCCACGUCUGUAGCCAUGGAGUGCUUUGAAAGGCUGGUCAUGGCUCACAUCAACACCAUCAUCCAAGACACCCUAGACCCACUCCAAUUUGCAUACCGCCCCAACAGAUCCAUAGAUGACGCAAUCUCUAUUGCACUCAACACUGCCCUUUCCCACCUGGACAAAAGGAACACCUACAUGAGAAUGCUGUUCAUUGACUACUGAUCAGCAUUCAACACCAUAGUUCCCUCAAAGCUCAUCACUAAGCUAAGGACCCUGAGACUAAACACCUCUCUCUACAACUGGAUCCUGGAAUUCCUGAUGGGCUGCCCCCAGGUGGUAAGGGUAGGCAACAACACAUCUGCCACACUCAUCAACACGGGGGCCCCUCAGGGGUGCGUGCUUAGUCCCCUCCUGUACUCCCUGUUCACCCAUGACUGCGUGGCCAAGCACGACUCCAACACCAUCAUUAACUUUGCCGACGACACAACGUUGGUAGGCCUGAUCACUGACAACGAUGAGACAGCCUAUAGGGUGGAGGUCAGAGACCUGGCAGUGUGGUGCCAGGACAACAACCUCUCCCACAAUGUGAUCAAGACAAAGGAGAUGAUCGUGGACUACAGGAAAAGGAGGGCCAAGCGCGCCCCCAUUCUCAUUGAUGGGGCUGUAGUGGAGCAGGUUGAGAGCUUCAAGUUCCUUGGUGUCCACAUCACCAACAAACUAUCAUGGUCCAAACACACCAAGACAGUUGUGAAGAGGGCACGAAAAUGCCUAUUCCCCCUCAGGAGACUGAAAAGAUUUGGCAUGGUUCCUCAGAUACUCAAAAAGUUAUACAGCUGCACCACCGAGAGCAUCCUGACUGGUUGCAUCACCGCCUGGUAUGGCAACUGCUCGGCCUCCGACUGCAAGGCACUACAGAGGGUAGUGCGUGCGGCCCAGUACAUCACUGGGGCCAAGCUUCCUGCCAUCCAGGACCUCUAUAUCAAGCGGUACCGGAGCGCCAAGUCAACGUUCAAAAGACUUCUUAAGACUGCUGAAUAGCUAAUCAAAUGGCUACCCAGACUAUUUGCAUUGACCCCCCCUCCCCCUUACACUGCUGCUACUCUCUGUUUAUUAUCUAUGCAUAGUCACUUUAAUAACUCUACCUACAUGUAUAUAUUACCUCAAUUACCUGGAUUAACCUGUACCCCCGCACAUUGACUCGGUACCGGUACCCCCAGUAUAUAGCCUACUUAUUGUUAUUUUAUUUUUGCUCUUGUAUUUGUUACUUUAGUUUAUUUAGUAAAUAUUUGUCUUAACUCUUUUGUAAGUAAGCAUUUCACGGUAAGGUUGUAUUCGGCGCAUGUGACAACUAAAAUUAGAUUAGAUUUGAUACACCCACAUACCACACCCACAUCUGUGAAUCUGGAUAAGGUCAGGGGAAUUCCUCUACUACUCUGUGAUUGGUUGAUAUCUUGUGACCUCUGACCCAGUUCCAUGCAGGAAGCCGAUGGAUGUCCUGUUCCUGCUGAGUGGCGGGAAUAGGGCAGGGCCAGAGACUGACGGGCAGUCGGAGGGCGAUACAGAAUUUGAGGACAUGAAGACGUUUGUCAAAGCCUUCGUCAACAGCGCUGAUAUCGGUACGACUACUGGCCAAUCAGAGCACAGAUCUCACUGAACCCCCCAAUCACAACACAGCUCUUACUGAACCACCCAAUCACAACACAGAUCUCACUGAACCACCCAAACACAAUACAGAUCUCACUAAACCACCCAAUCACAACACAUAUCUCACUGAACCAUCCAAUCACAACACAGAUCUCACUGAACCAGCCAAUCACAACACAACUCUUACUGAACCACCCAAUCACAACACAGCUCUUACUGAACCAUCCAAUCACAACACAGCUCUUACUGAACCACCCAAUCACAACACAACUCUUACUGAACCACCCAAUCACAACACAGCUCUUACUGAACCAUCCAAUCACAACACAGCUCUUACUGAACCAUCCAAUCACAACACAACUCUUACUGAACCAUCCAAUCACAACACAGCUCUUAUUGAACCACCCAAUCACAACACUGAUCUUAUUGAACCAUCCAAUCACAACACAGCUCUUAACUCUUACUGAACCAUCCAAUCAAACAACUCUUACUGACCAUCAUCACAACACAGCUCUUAUUGAACCACCCAAUCACAACACUGAUCUUACUGAACCACCCAAUCACAACACAACUCUUACUGAACCAUCGAAUCACAACACAGAUCUCACUGAACCACCCAAUCACAACACAGAUCUCACUGAACCACCCAAUGACAACACAGCUCUUACUGAACCAUCCAAUCACAACACAGCUCUUACUGAACCACCCAAUGACAACACAGCUCUUACUGAACCAUCCAAUCACAACACAGCUCUUACUGAACCAUCCAAUCACAACACAACUCUUACUGAACCAUCCAAUCACAACACAACUCUUACUGAACCAUCCAAUCACAACACAGCUCUUAUUGAACCACCCAAUCACAACACUGAUCUUACUGAACCACCCAAUGACAACACAGCUCUUACUGAACCAUCCAAUCACAACACAGCUCUUACUGAACCACCCAAUGACAACACAGCUCUUACUGAACCAUCCAAUCACAACACAGCUCUUACUGAACCAUCCAAUCACAACACAACUCUUACUGAACUACACAACAUAAACAUGAAAAAGUAACACAAAGUGAAAGAACACAUUGCUGAAGGCAGAGAACGGUGGUCUGUAAGAGACUGGAACUAUAAUUCUGCUAACCAUAGUUCCCCGGGGGAUGUGUUUUCAGGUCGGAACGAGACCCAGGUGUGUGUGGUUACGUACGGAGAGACCAGUAGAGUGGGAGUGGCCUGGAGAGAGGAGCAGGACAGGACACACCUGCUGACCCUGGUGGACCAGCUGACCAGUCCGACACACACACACACCGCGCUGGGUAACACACACACACACACACCACUGGAUAGUACACAAACCACUGGGUAAUACACACACCACUGGGUAAUAUAGACACCACUGGGUAAUAUAGACACCACUGGGUAAUAUAGACACCACUGGGUAAUAUACACACCACUGGGUAAUAUACACACCACUGGGUAAUAUAGACACCACUGGGUAAUAUACACACCACUGGGUAAUAUACACACCACUGGGUAAUAUACACACCACUGGGUAAUAUAGACACCACUGGGUAAUAUACACACCACUGGGUAAUAAACACACCACUGGGUAAUAUAGACACCACAGGGUAAGAUACACACCACUGGCUAAUAUAGACACCACUGGGUAAUAUAGACACCACUGGGUAAUAUACACACCACUGGGUAAUAUAGACACCACUGGGUAAUAUAGACACCACUGGGUAAUAAACACACCACUUGGUAAUAUAGACACCACUGGGUAAUAUAGACAACACUGGGUAAUAUACACACCACUGGGUAAUAUACACACCACUGGGUAAUAUACACACCACUGGGUAAUAUACACAUCACUGGGUAAUAUACACACCACUGGGUAAUAUAGACACCACUGGGUAAUAUAGACACCACUGGGUAAUAUAGACACCACUGGGUAAUAUAGACACCACUGGGUAAUAUACACACCACUGGGUAAUAUACACACCACCGGGUAAUAUACACACCACUGGGUAAUAUAGACACCACUGAGUAAUAUAUACACCACUGGGUAAUAUACACACCACUGGGUAAUAUAGACACCACUGGGUAAUAUACACACCAAUGGGUAAUAUAGACACCACUGGGUAAUAUACACACCACUGGGUAAUAUACACACCAUUGGGUAAUAUAGACACCACUGGGUAAUAAACACACCACUUGGUAAUAUAGACACCACUGGGUAAUAUAUACACCACUGGGUAAUAUACACACCACUGGGUAAUAUACACACCACUGGGUAAUAUAGACACCACUGGGUAAUAUAGACACCACUGGGUAAUAUACACACCACUGGGUAAUAUACACACCACUGGGUAAUAUACACACCACUGGGUAAUAUAGACACCACUGGGUAAUAUACACACCACUGGGUAAUAUAGACACCACUGGGUAAUAUAUACACCACUGGGUAAUAUACACACCACUGGGUAAUACACACACCACUGGGUAAUAUAGACACCACUGGGUAAUAUAGACACCACUGGGUAAUAUACACACCACUGGGUAAUAUAGACACCACUGGGUAACAUAGACACCACUGGGUAAUAUAGACACCACUGGGUAAUAUAGACACCACUGGGUAAUAUACACACCACUGGGUAAUAUACACACCACUGGGUAAUAUAGACACCACUGGGUAAUAUAGACACCUGAUGGGAAACUGUGACAGCAAACAAAAAGAACAACAACUUAGUGCAUUUGAUUUGACAUUCAUUUCUUAUUUAAGCCUGCCAGCACCAUCUUGCAGAUGUCCUCCUGUAUAGGUAGUCUCCAAUGAAGACUGACAUCAAACAAAGUUCGUAGGCUGUACAGUUUCAAUUAGAGUCUUAUUCAAAGUUGACUUAAUAUCGACCAAUGUGCACAAUUUCAUAAAAAAGGUACUCAAGACAUUGGAAUAAUCAGAAUAAUUUAGUUUUACUUUACUAAAUCAAAUAGUUUUACUUAAAAAUAAACUGAUACAACUGUCAAACAACAAUCAAUAUCGAAAUGUCACUAUCAAUCAUGUUACUAGUAUGCAAAUCAGACACAUUUCAGCAUGGAAUUAAACAUUCAGGUAGGUAUUCAGGUACGAAUCAUGUAAGUAAUAAAUAAUUAAACAGUGCAGAUAUAAAUUUCCAUAGUCAACUAAAUUAUAUUUUUCCUGCCAGGUAGGAUUUACCCUCCAUCCUCCUUCUCUUCCAAACCUCUCCUUUCUAAUCAUUUCUUGGUUGGCCUGUUCUCCUGUUUCAAGUUGUAUGUUUUCUAUUAGUCGUGUGUACAGUAUACACAUGGUCCACACCGUCCAACCAAAUGCAGGCUCCUUCUGGACAAUGCAACAACAACAACAAUAUGCAACAACAACAACAAUAUGCAACAACAACAACAAUAUGCAACAACAACAACAAUAUGCAACAACAACAACAGUAUGCAACAACAACAACAAUAUGCAACAACAACAACAAAUAUGCAACAACAACAACAAUAUGCAACAACAACAACAAUAUGCAACAACAACAACAGUAUGCAACAACAACAACAAUAUGCAACAACAACAACAAUAUGCAACAACAACAACAAUAUGCAACAACAACAACAAUAUGCAACAACAACAACAAUAUGCAACAACAACAACAAUAUGCAACAACAACAACAAUAUGCAACAACAACAACAAUAUGCAACAACAACAACAUUACAAUAUACGAAUAGGAACAUAAAGUAAAUGACUCAGUAGAACAGAAUAAACAUUUUAGCAUAAGUACACUUAAAAAAACAUAAACGCAACAUGUAAAGUGUUGGUCUCAUGUUUCAUGAAUUGAAAUAAAUGAUCCCAGAAAUAUUCCAUACACCCAAAAAGCUUAUUUCUCUAAACUGUUGUGCACACAUUUGUUUACAUCUCUGUUAGUGAGCAUUUCUCCUUUGCCAAGAUAAUCCAAAAUGUGCAGUGUUGUCACACAACACAAUGCCACAGAUGUCUCAAGUUUUGAGGGAGCUUGCAAUUGGCAUGCUGACUGUAGGAAUAUCCACCAGAGCUGUUGCCAGAGAUUUGAAUGUUCAUUUCUCUACCAUAAGCCGCCUCCAAUGUUGUUUUAGAGAAUUUGGUAGUACGUCCAACCGGCCUCACAACCGCAGACCACGUGCAUGGCAUCAUGUGGGCGAGCGGUUUGCUGAUGUUAACGUUGUGAACAGAGCGCCCCCUGGUGGCGGUGGGGUUAUGGUAUCGGCAGGCAUAAGCUACGGACAACAAACACAAUCACAUUUUAUCGAUGGCAAUUUGAAUGUACAGAGAUACCGUGACUAGAUCCUGAGGCCCAUUGUCGUGCCAUUCAUCUGCAACCAUCACCUCAUGUUUCAGCAUGAUAAUGCACUUGUGAGGACAGACACUGGGAUACAGGAAGCAAGUCCAGGGAGUGUACAUUUACACCACGCUGGGUAACACACACACACACACACCACGCUGGGUAACACACACACACACACCACGCUGGGUAACACACCUACACACACCACGCUGGGUAACACACACACACACACCACGCUGGGUAACACACCUACACACACACCACGCUGGGUAACACACACACACACACCACGCUGGGUAACACACACACACACACACGCUGGGUAACACACACACACACACACACGCUGGGUAACACACACACACACCACGCUGGGUAACCACACACACCCCAAAACACACCACGCUGGGUAACACACACACACCACGCUGGGUAACACACACACACACCACGCUGGGUAACACACACACACACCACGCUGGGUAACACACACCACCCCACACCACGCUGGGUAACACACACACACACACCACGCUGGGUAACACACACACACACACCACGCUGGGUACACACACACACACCACCACGCUGGGUAACACACACACACACACACCACGCUGGUAACACACCACACACACACCACGCUGGGUAACACACACACACACCACGCUGGGUAACAACACACACACCACCACCACGCUGGGUAACACACACACACACCACGCUGGGUAACACACACACACACCACGCUGGGUAACACACCUACACACACACCACGCUGGGUAACACACACACACACCACGCUGGGUAACACACCUACACACACCACGCUGGGUAACACACACACACACACCACGCUGGUAACACACACACACACACCACGCUGGGUAACACACACACACACACCACGCUGGGUAACACCACACACACACACCACGCUGGGUAACACACACCACAAAACAACAACCCACGCUGGGUAACACACACACCACACCACGCUGGGUAACACACACACACACACCACAACGGGUAACACACACACACACCACGCUGGGUAACACACACACACCACGCUGGGUAACACACCUACACACACACCACGCUGGGUAACACACACACACACCACGCUGGGUAACACACCUACACACACCACGCUGGGUAACACACCUACACACACCACGCUGGGUAACACACACACACACACCCCCGCUGGGUAACACACCUACACACACACCACGCUGGGUAACACACACACACACACCACGCUGGGUAACACACACACACACACCCACGCUGGGUAACAACACACACACACACACCACGCUGGGUAACACACACACACACACCACGCUGGGUAACACACACACACCACCACGCUGGGUAACACACACACACACACCACGCUGGGUAACACACACACACACACACCACGCUGGGUAACACACACACACACACACCACGCUGGGUAACACACACACACACACACCACGCUGGGUAAACACACACACACACACCACGCUGGGUAACACACACACCACACCACGCUGGGUAACACACCUACACACACCACGCUGGGUAACACACACACACACACACCACGCUGGGUAACACACACACACACACCACGCUGGGUAACACACACACACACACACCACGCUGGGUAACACACACACACACACACCAAGCUGGGUUAACACACACACACCACGCUGGGGUAACACACCACACACACACCACCACGCUGGGUAACACACACACACACACCACGCUGGGUAACACACCUACACACACCCACGCUGGGUAACACACACACACACCACGCUGGGUAACACACACACACACCACGCUGGGUAACACACACACACUGUAUAUUCUGAGGGUCUCUCUUUCUCUGGAAUCAGGUGCUGCAUUGCCUAGAAUAGUCCUAACCCUAACCCUAACCCUAACCCUUUCUCUGGAAUCAGGUGCUGCAUUGCGAUUUGCUGUCCAGACAUCCAUCUCUCCAUCUAGUGGGGGCAGAGUGGGUGUGGCCAAGGUGGUGGUGAUGCUGGUGAUUGACAGGUCAACUGACCAACUGCAGGAGGCCACUAACGAGGCGCUGACCGCAGGUUAGUGGUGACAUCAGGAGGACCGCAGGUUAGUGGUGACAUCAUAAGGAGGGCAGCAGGUUAGUGGUGACAUCAUAAGGAGGACCACAGGUUAGUGGUGACAUCAUAACGAGGGCAAGAGGUAAGUGGUGACAUCAUAAGGAGGGCAAGAGGUUAGUGGUAACAUAAGGAGGACCACAUGUUAGUGGUGACUUUAUAAGGAGGGCAGCAGGUUAGUGGUGACAACAUAACGAGGAUAAUAAGUUAGUAGUGACAUCAUAAGGAGAGCAGGAGGUUAGUGGUGACAUAAGGAGGACCACAUGUUAGUGGUGACAUCAUAAAGAGGACUGCAGGUUAGUGGUGACAUCAUAAAGAGGACUGCAGGUUAGUGAUGACAUCAUAAAGAGGACUGCAGGUUAGUGGUGACAUCAUAAGGAGGACUGCAGGUUAGUGGUGACAUCAUAUCGAGCACUGCAGGUUAGUGAUGACAUCAUAACAACCACCACAGGUUAGUGAUGACGUCUUUACUCUGCCAACAGGCGUGUCAGUUUUCCCUAUCGGCAUCGGGCCCGGUUACAACAGAGCUGAACUGAGCCUGCUUGGUUCCCAUGGCGACCAGGACAACACACUCCAUCUUAACAGCAUGGAGGAGCUGCUGAUGCUGUUAACACUGGACCAGAGCUACACAGACAAACUCUGUAGAGGUAUAGUACUGGACCAGAGCUACACAGACACACUCUGUAGAGGUAUAGUACUGGACCAGAGCUACACAGACACACUCUGUAGAGGUAUAGUACUGGACCAGAGCUACACAGACACACUCUGUAGAGGUAUAGUACUGGACCAGAGCUACACAGACACACUCUGUAGAGGUAUAGUACUGGACCAGAGCUACACAGACACACUCUGUAGAGGUAUAGUACUGGACCAGAGCUACACAGACACACUCUGUAGAGGUAUAGUACUGGACCAGAGCUACACAGACACACUCUGUAGAGGUAUAGUACUGGACCAGAGCUACACAGACACACUCUGUAGAGGUAUAGUACUGGACCAGAGCUACCUGGAGAGAUUCUGAUGAUGACGAUGAUGGUGAUUAUGGUGAUGAUGAAGACAUUAAUGAAGAUGAUGGUGAUGAUGGUGAUGGUGAUGAUGGUGAUGAUGAUGAUGAUGGUAGUGAUGAAGAUGAUGGUGAUGAUGGUGAUGAUGGUGAUGAUGGUAGUGAUGAUGGUAGUGAUGAAGAUUAUGGUGAUGAUGGUGAUGAUGAUGGUGGUGAAAGUGGGGGGAUUGUGAUGGUGAUGGUGAUGAUAAGAGCGUCUGCUAAAUGACUCAAAUGUAAAUGUAUGAAGGUGAGAGGGUUGUGAUGAUGGUGAUGAUGAUGAUGGUGAUGAUGAUGAUGAUGACGAUGAUGGUGGAAGUGAUGAUGAUGAUGGUAGUGAUGAUGGUAGUGAUGAUGGUAGGGGAUUGUGAUGAUGGUGAUGAUGAUGAUGAUGGUGGUAGCGAUGAUGGUGGUGGUAGUGAUGAUGGUAGGGGAUUGUGAUGAUGAUGAUGUGUAUUCCUCUUCAGCUGGUCCUCCUGGAGUGUGUGUCGAUGAUGACGGGAACGAGAGGAGGGUGAGUGUGUGUUGACUUAUUGAUGUGUUGAUGAUGACGGGAACGAGAGGAGGGUGAGUGUGUGUUGACUUAUUGAUGUGUUGAUGAUGACGGGAACGAGAGGAGGGUGAGUGUGUGUUAACUUAUUGAUGUGUUGAUGAUGACGGGAACGAGAUGAGGGUGAGUGUGUGUUGACUUAUUGAUGUGUUGAUGAUGACGGGAACGAGAGGAGGGUGAGUGUGUGUUGACUUAUUGAUGUGUUGAUGAUGACGGGAACGAGAGGAGGGUGAGUGUGUGUUGACUUAUUGAUGUGUUGAUGUGACAACAGUCAUUUAACUACUGAACUAAUGAAUUAAAGUAACUGCCCAGUUUUUCCAUAUUUGUAUGAAAUAUGAUCUAUAAUUACUUUCAAUAUGAGUAAAUAUUUUUCUUUCCAAAAAAUGGUAAUUAAGUAUGAUGAAAAGCAGCCUUUCUGUGUUGGAAUGGUGUGGGCGUGUACCUCAAAUAUAAGUAUAGGACAAGGCAACAACCUUAUUUAAAUACGAGUUAACAGAAUAUGAACUUUUAAAAGUGAGAUUUUCACUGGACAGUUACUUUCACUACUGUUUUCCUUUAUCAGUCUGAAUAUUCAGCUCUGACUUUGUAUGUAGCCUGGUGAGUCGUGGCUGCUUCCGGACAGAUGUCACUCGGUGCUGUGCCACCCCAGCGGAGCGCUGACGGUUCAGAGCCACAAGGUGAACUGUGAUCGUCUGGAUCACAGCCUGAUAUAUUACAUUAUAGUAUAUUAUAGUAUAUUGUAGUAUGUUAUAUUAUAUGAUAUUAUGGUAUAUUAUAGCAUAUUAUAGUAUAUUAUAGUGUGUUAUAAUAUAUUAUAGUAUAUUAUAUUAUAGUAUAUUAUGAAGGUAUAUUGUAUUAUAGUUUAUUAUAUUAGUGUAUAUUACAUUAUAUUAUGGUAUAUUACAGUGUGUAUAUAUAUAUAUAUAUAUAUAUAUAUAUAUAUAUAUAUAUAUAUAUAUAUAUGCAUAUUAUGUUAUAUUAUAGUAUUUUCAAUUAUAUUAUAGUAUAUUACAUUAUAUUAUAGUAUAUUAUAGUAUAUUAUAAUAUAUUAUAGUAUAUUCAAACAUAUUAUGUUAUAUUGUAUUAUAGUAUAUUCCAUUAUAGUAUUUUAAAGUAUAUGAUGUUACAUUACAUUACAUUAUAGCAUAUUAUAUUAUAUUAUAUUAUAGUUUAGUACAGUGCCUUGCAAAAGUAUUCAUCCCCCUUGGCGUUUUUCCUAUUUUGUUGCAUUACAACCUGUAAUUUAAAUGGAUUUUUAUUUGGAUUUCAUAUAAUGGACAUACACAAAAUAGUCCAAAUUGGUGAAGUGAAAUGAAAAAAAUUACUUGUUUCAAAGAAUUCUAAUAAAUAAAUAACGGAAAAGUGGUGCGUGCAUAUGUAUUCACCCCCUUUGCUAUGAAGCCCCUAAAUAAGAUCUGGUGCAACCAAUUACCUUCAGAUGUCACAAUUAGUUAAAUAAAGUCCACAACCUAAGUGUCACAUGAUCUGUCACAUGAUCUCAGUAUAUAUACACCUGUUCUGAAAGGCCCCAGAGUCUGCAACACCACUAAGCAAGGGGCAACACCAAGCAAGCAGCACCAUGAAGACCAAGGAGCUCUCCAAACAGGUCAGGGACAAAGUUGUGGAGAAGUACAGAUCAGGGUUGGGUUAUAAAAAAAUAUCAGAAACUUUGAACAUCCCACGGAGCACCAUUAAAUCCAUUAUAAAAAAAUUGAAAGAAUAUGGCACCACAACAAACCUGCCAAGAGAGGGCCGCCAACCAAAACUCACGGACCAGGCAAGGAGGGUAUUAAUCAGAGAGGCAACAAAGAGACCAAAGACAACCCUGAAGGAGCUGCAAAGCUCCACAGCGGAGAUUGUUAUAUCUGUCCGUAGGACCACUUUAAGCCGUACACGCCACAGAGCUGGGCUUUACGGAAGAGUGGCCAGAAAAAAGCCAUUGCUUAAAGAAAAAAAUAAGCAAACGGCAUGUGGGAGACUCCCCAAACAAAUGGAAGAAUGUACUCUGGUCAGCUUUUUGGCCAUCAAAGAAAACGCUAUGUCCGGCGCAGACCCAACACCUAUCAUCAUCCUGAGAACACCAUCCCCACAGUGAAGUAUGGUGGUGGCAGCAUCAUGCUGUGGGGAUGUUUUUCAUCAGCAGGGACUGGGAAACUGGUCAGAAUUGAAGGAAUGAUGGAUGGCGCUAAAUACAGGGAAAUUCUUGAGGGAAACCUGUUUCAGUCUUCCAGAGAUUUGAGACUGGGACGGAGGUUCACCUUCCAGCAGGACAAUGACCCUAAGCAUACUGCUAAAGCAACACUUGAGUGGUUUAUGGGGAAACUUUUAAAUGUCUUGGAAUGGCCUAGUCAAAGCCCAGACCUCAAUCCAAUUGAGAUUAUGUGGUAUGACUUAAAGAUUGCUGUACACCAGCAGAACCCAUCCAACUUGAAGGAGCUGGAACAGUUUUGCCUUGAAGAAUGGGCAUAAAUCCCAGUGGCUAGAUGUGCCAAGCUUAUAGAGACAUACCCCAAGAGACUUGCAGCUGUAUUUGCUGCAAAAGGUGGCUCUACAAAGUAUUUACUUUUGGGGGGUGAAUAGCUAUGCUUUUUUUUGGUCUAAUUUCUUGUUUGUUUCACAAUAAAAAAUAUGUUGCAUCUUCAAAAUGGUAGGCAUGUUGUGUAAAUCAAAUGAUACAAACCCCCAAAAAAUCAAUUUUAAUUCCUGGAUGUAAGGCAACAAAAUAGGAAAAAUGCCAAGGGGGGUGCCAAGGGGGUGAAAACUUUCGCAAGCCACUGUAUAUGACAUUAUAUGAUAGUUUAUUACAGUAUAAUACAUUAUAGUAUGGUAUAUUAUAAUAUAUUAUAUUAAAGUACUGUAUUACAGAAAAAAAAAGUAUUUUAUGUUAUAUUAUAGCAUAUUAAAGUAUAUUAUGUUAUAUUCUAUUAUCCAGGUGAACUGUGAUCGUCUGGAGCCCCCAGCCUGCAGUAACCACAUGAGUCCUCUCAGAGUUCAGGACAACUGUGGCUGCCACUGGGACUGCCCCUGUUAGUACACACAUUAAGCACACUCACACACACACACACACACACACACACACACACACACACACACACACACACACACACACAUAUUACACACAGUCACCGACACACAUCAGGAACACAGCCAUCAGGAACACAGCCAUCAGGAACACAGCCAUCAGGAACACAGCCAUCAGGAGCACAGCCAUCAGGAACACAGCCAUCAGGAACACAGCCAUCAGGAACACAGCCAUCAGGAACACAGCCAUCAGGAACACAGCCAUCAGGAACACAGCCAUCAGGAACACAGCCAUCAAGAACACAGCCAUCAGGAACCCUAACCCUAACCACCCUCCCUCUCUCUCUCCCUCCUCCAGGUGAGUGUAUGGGUAGCUCAACCAACCACGUGGUGCGGUUUGACGGCCUGGCGCUGAGGCUGGAAGGGGAGGGGCUAUGUUCCUACACCCUGCUGACGGUCGGCGGGGGCACGGGAGGUUCAGAGGUCACGCUGCACAGCGGAACCUGCCAUGGGUCAGCCAAUCAGAACGAAGUCUGCAUGAAGGUCAUGGAGGUCACACAUGGGCAGAGUACUGUACUGCUGAAAGACGACAUGACGGUAGGACCUGGGGGGAGUGUACUAUGAGUGUGUACUAUGAGUGUGUACUAUGAGUGUGUACUAUGAGUGUGUACUAUGUGUGUGUACUAUGAGUGUGUACUAUGAGUGUGUACUAUGAGUGUGUACUAUGAGUGUUUACUAUGAGUGUGUACUAUGAGUGUGUACUAUGUGUGUGUACUAUGACUGUGUGUGUCUGUGUUUGUGUACUAUGACUGUGUACUAUCAGUGUGUACUAUGUGUGUGUACUUACUAUGACUGUGUGUGUGUACUAUGAGUGUGUACUAUGUGUGUGUACUAUGAGUGUGUACUAUGAGUAACUCCUGAGUGGCGAGUGGUACUAGGCCUGAUCGCAGUGCUAACUGUGUACUAUGAGUUGGUGUACUCUGAGCGUGGUGACCAUGAGUAUACUAUGGGCGUGUACAAUGGCGUGUCUAGGGUAGUGGAGAAUGGAGGGUGUACUAGUGACUGGUGGGUAUUGACGCAGGUUGUGGGUCGAUCAGGGUGUGUACUAUGUGAUUGUACUAUGUUGGAUAAUGAGCGUGUGUAAUGACUAAUGUAAUGUAUGAUGUACUAUGAGUUUGUACUAUGAGUGUGUACUAUGUGUGUGUACUAUGAUGUGUGUGUACUAUGAGUGUGUGUGUACUAUGAGUGUGUGUGUAUUAUGAGUGUGUACUAUGAGUGUGUACUAUGAGUGUGUACUAUGUGUGUGUACUAUGAGUGUGUGUGUACUAUGAGUGUGUGUGUACUAUGACUGUGUGUUACUUGAGUGUGUACUAUGAGUGUGUUAGUGUACUAUGAGUGUGGGGUACUAUGAGUGUGUGUGUACUAUGACUGUGUGUGUACUAUGACUGUGUGUGUGUGUGUCUAGGUGGCAGUAGAUGGAGCGCCUGUCUCCCUCCCAUUCCACUCCAGUCAGGUGGAGGUGAUGCGUUAUGGAGGAGUGAUGUUUCAGCUGAGAUCAGUGGAACACGGCUACAUCCUGGCAUUUACUCCUCAGAGCAAUGAGUUCACCAUCACACUCACCUCCUCCACUACCAACUACACCUCUGGAAUCUGUGGUACAUACACUCACCUCCUCCACUACCAACCACACCUCUGGGAAUCUGUGGUACAUACACUCACCUCCUCCAAUACCAACCCACAACCUCUGGAAUCUGUGGUAAAUACACCAACCUCCUCCACUACCAACCACACCUCUGGAAUCUGUGGUACAUACACUCACCUCCUCCACUACCAACCACACCUCUGGAAUCUGUGGUACAUACACUCACCUCCUCCACUACCAACCACACCUCUGGAAUCUGUGGUACAUACACUCACCUCCUCCACUACCAACCACACCUCUGGAAUCUGUGGUACAUACACUCACCUCCUCCACUACCAACCACACCUCUGGAAUCUGUGGUACAUACACUCACCUCCUCCACUAACAACCACACCUCUGGAAUCUGUGGUACACAAACACACACACAUAGUAAACAUACACGUUAAUGAAGUCAUUUGGAGGACUAAUAAUGUGUUUGUGUGUGUGUGUGUGUGUGUGUCUCUGUGCCUUGUGUGUGUGUGUCAGGGUGGUGUGGCGAGGAGAGGGUUAAUUAUCUCUCUCUGAGGAAUGGCAGUUCGACCUCUGACUCGUCUCUUCUCGUCUCUGAUUGGAUGGUAUCGAGUGGCGAGGGUGUGUGUGUCCCGCGGCAUGCCCCAGUGUGUGUGUACGGAGCGGCGAGGGCGUGUGAGGUGCUGCGCUCCGAGGUUUUCUCCUCCUGCCACACUCACGUUCCCAUCAUGCCUUUCAUCAUCCGCUGCCAACAGGAAGCCUGUCAGGAGACAGACGUCUGUGAUGUGAUUUCCUCCUACACACAUCUCUGCCGACAGAGAGGACUCUGUGUCCACUGGAGAAGCACAAACCUCUGCCGUAAGUCUGUGUUCUGAUCUGACGACACCUGUAUAGCUUUGAUUCCUGUCUCGGUUCGGUGUUCUCUCUGUUUUAAAAUAUAGUGAAAUCAAUGUUUUUACGGUUUACUUUGUAGAACCUUCGUUGCGAUGAAUGCACUUUACAAAUAAAACCUUUAAUAUUAUUAUUAUUAUUAUUAUUAUUAUUAUUAUUAUUAUUAUUAUUAUUAUGAAGGAAUAUUAUUAUUAAUAUUAAUGAUUGUUAUUAUUAUUAAUGAUGACGAUGAUGAUUAUUCAUAUUAUUAUUUGCUAUUGUUAUUAUGAAUGAAUAUGAUUCUUUCGAAUUAUUAUUAUCAUGAUUAAUUAUUAUUAUUAGUAAUUAUUAUUAUUAUUAUUACUAUUAUUAUUAUUAUUAUCAUUAUUAAUUAUUAUUAUUAUUAUUAUUAUUAAUGAUGAUGGUGAUUAUUAUGAAUUAUUAUUAUUGUUAUUAUUGUUAUAUUGUUGUCAUUAUGCAUAAUUAUUACUAUUUGUAUUAUAAAUUAUUAUUAUUUUUAUUAUGAAUGAUUCUUCUUCUUAUGAAUGAUGAUUGUUAUUGUGUGUGUAGCCAUGCAGUGCCCCAGCUCCAUGGAGUAUGAUGCGUGUUGGACCGGGUGUGUGGAGGACUGCAGCAGCAUUGGCCUGUUGCCUGGCACCUCGGGGGCUGUCAGUGGUAAUGGGAGUGUGUGUAUCACCAAGCCAACAGAAGGGUGUUUUUGUCCCAGGAACACGGUGCUCCUGGGGGGGGAUUGUGUGUCACCUGACGCCUGCAACCAGUGUGUCGACCAGCACGGACACAAACACCCGGUGAGACAACACACAUCCACACUCACACACACAUAAAGGUGUUCACCAGGACACAGACUCUGUUCAAGCGGUAACCACAUAUAUCCCCAUCUGGCUGGGAUCCUCUGUUCAAGCGGUAACCACAUAUAUCCCCAUCUGGCUGGGAUCCUCUGUUCAAGCGGUAACCACAUAUAUCCCCAUCUGGCUGGGAUCCUCUGUUCAAGCGGUAACCACAUAUAUCCCCAUCUGGCUGGGAUCCUCUGUUCAAGCGGUAACCACAUAUAUCCCCAUGUGGCUGGGGAUCCUCUGUUCAAGCGGUAACCACAUAUAUCCCCCAUCUGGCUGGGAUCCUCUGUUCAAGCGGUAACCACAUAUAUCCCCAUGUGGCUGGGAUCCUCUGUUCAAGCGGUAACCACAUAUAUCCCCAUCUGGCUGGGAUCCUCUGUUCAAGCGGUAACCACAUAUAUCCCCAUGUGGCUGGGAUCCUCUGUUCAAGCGGUAACCACAUAUAUCCCCAUGUGGCUGGGAUCCUCUGUUCAAGCGGUAACCACAUAUAUCCCCAUGUGGCUGGGAUCCUCUGUUCAAGCGGUAACCACAUAUAUCCCCAUCUGGCUGGGAUCCUGGUUCCAUCCCUGCAUCAGGCCGCGGCCAAACUGAUCCGUGGAGAAUGGACAGUAUUUGUCACAUGCUGCGUAAACAACAGGGGUAGAUGAACACUGACAUGCUGACUUUCCAACAAUGCAAUAAAAUAAAGCAAUACAUUUGAAACAGAUACAUUUUGGUCGGUGCGCGUGUGGAGUGUGUCUAAUUGGCUAACAUAGCAUUGGAAAUCCCGGAUACUGAUAAAAUCAACGUGCCAGUUUGGCCUAACCCUAACCCUCUACAUUUCUCCUCCCUCUCUUUCUGCUUCUCUGCUCCUACUGUAUUCUUUACCACACACACAAAAAGGAAAAAAGGUAUUUACAGUACGUGUGUGUGUGUUUGUGUUUUCGGUUUUACUAUCGUUUUUGGGACCAGAGUCCUCACAAGGAUAGUAAAACAAGGAUGGUACCCUUCGCCAGCUCAUAUCUGUGUGAAGCUGGAUUCCGUGCUCUCGUCUGCUUUAAAACCAAAUAUCCAUCCUGGUUGGAUGUGACAGCAGAGAUGAGGUGCGCACUGUCGACCACGCCCCCAGACUUUGAGAAGCUCCGACGCAACAUGCAUCAAGCACACCCAUCUCAUUGAGUGAGAUGAGAUACAAUCAGAAAUAAAAGACAAUCAGAAAUUGUCAGACUAAUUAGAAAUUGACCGUCAUAGCCGCACAUUAAACGUACAGUAUGUGAUGGUGAGUUGAGAAGACAAUCAGAAAUAGGGUCCGAAUGUUUUCCGAUUGAGUGCCAUAGCGCCAAAUAAAAAAGUAAACAUUGGCUGUUAAUUACAUCGUUUUUUUCACAUGGUUUGGGGUCGUAAGAAUUUUCAGAUAUCAAAAUGGGGUCAUGGAGAAAAACAGUUUGGGAACCCCUGGUUUAGGGGUUAGGGGUUAGGGUUUAGCGUUUAGGGUUUAGGGUUUAGGGUUUAGGGGUUAGGGGUUAGGGGUUAGGGGUUAGGGGUCAGGGUUUAGGGUUUAGGGGUUUAGGGGUUAGGGUUUAGGAAAAAUUGGAUUUUGAAUGGGAAUAAAUUGUUUGCUCCCCACAAGGAUAGUAAAAGGUCUGUGUUUGUGUGCAGUAUCUACAGAGUUGGGUGCCAGAGGAGAACACAUGUCUGAUUUGUAUGUGUCUGGAUGGUCAACGUAUCAACUGCACCGCUCGACCCUGCAUUGAUCAUAAAGGUAACACACCCAUGUCGUCCAAAAACUUAUACUUUUGACUAAUCUGUCCAUAGCACAUUCUACCAAAAGUCUUGAUGAUCAUCCAGGUGCUUUUUGGCAAACUUGAGUCAACUUUUUGUACGAGAUGGGUCCCAUUACGUCUGGCGAAAACCAAACACUGCAUUCCACAGUAAGAAUCUCAUACGAACAGUCAAGCAUGGUGGUGGUAGUGUGAUGUUUGGGGAUGCUUUGCUGCCUCAGGACCUGGACGACUUGCCUUAAUAGAAGGAAUCAUAUGAAUUCUGCUCUGUAUCAGAGAAUUCUACAGGAGAAUGUCAGACCAUCCGUCUGUGAGCUGAAGCAGAAGCGAAGCUGGGUCAUGCAGCAAGACAAUGAUCCAAAACAUACAAUCAAGUCUAAAUGAAAAUGGCUAAAAAGCAACACAUUUGAAGUUUUGGAAUGGCCUAAUCAAAGUCCAGAACUAAUCCCAAUUGAGAUGUUGAGGCAGGACUUGAAACGAGCAGUUCAUGAUUGAAAAGCCACAAAUGUCACUGAGUUAAAGCAGUUCUGCAUGGAAGAGUGGGCCAAAAUUCCUCCACAACGAUGUGAGAGACUGAUCAACAACUACAGGAAGCAUUUGGUUGCAGUCAUUGCAGCUAAAGGUGGCACAACCAGUUAUUGAGUGUAAGGGGACAAUUACUUUUCACACAGGGUCAUUGGGUGUUGCAUAACUUUGCUAAUUAAAUAAAUAAAAUAAGUAUUUACUGGUGUUGUUAUUUGUAAACUCAGGUUCUCUUUGUCUAAUAUUAGGUUUUGGUUGAAGAUCUGAUAACAUUCAUCAUAAAAAAUGUGUGUGUGUGUGUGUGUGUGUGUGUGUGUGUGUGUGUGUGUGUGUGUGUGUGUGUGUGUGUGUGUGUGUGUAGCUCCAGCGUGUGGACCCUGUGAGGUUCUGAGGGAGAAGAGGGAGUCCAAGUGUUGUCCGGAGUACGAGUGUGGUACGUAAUAAUAUAUACUGUAUUAUAUAAUACUACACUACUAGAAUACUAUACUAAUAUAUACUGUAUUAUAUAAUAUUACACUACACUACUACAUUACAUACUAAUAUAUACUGUAUUAUAUAAUACUACACUACUAGAAUACUAUACUAAUAGACGCCAGGACAGCGGAGUCACUCACCACCUUCCGGAGACAUUUGAAACCCCACCUCUUUAAGGAAUACCUGGGAUAGGCUAAAGUAUUCCUUCUAACCCCCCCCCCCCCCCCCCCCCCCCCCCCCCCCCCCCCCCCCCAAAAUUGUAAAGUGGUUAUCCCGCACUGGCUUAGGGUGAACGCAACCAAUUUGUGAGUCGCUCUGCUAAGAGCGUCUGCUAAUUGACGUUAAUGUGCCCUUGAGCAAGGCACUUAACCCUAAUUGCUCCUGUAAGUCGCUCUGGUUAAGAGCGUCUGCUAAAUGACUAAAAUGUAAAUGUAAAUGUAAUAUAUACUGUAUUAUAUAAUACUACACUACUACAUUACAUACUAAUAUAUACUAUAUUAUAUAAUACCUCACUACUACAUUACAUACUAAUAUAUACUGUGUUAUAUAAUACUACACUACUACAUUACAUACUAAUAUAUACUGUAUUAUAUAAUACUACACUACUACAUUACAUACUAAUAUAUACUGUAUUAUAUAAUACUACACUACUACAUGACAUACUAAUAUAUACUGUAUUAUAUAAUACUACACUACUACAUGACAUACUAAUAUAUACCUGUAUUAUAAUAUAUACGCACUACAUUACCUAACUAAUAUUACUGAUACGAAUAUUACUGUAUAUAUAUAAUACUACACUACUACAUUACAUACUAAUAUAACUGUAUUAUAUAAUACCCUCACUACUACAUUACAUACUAAUAUAUACUGUAUUAUAUAAUACUACACUACUACAUUACAUACUAAUAUAUACUUUAUUAUAUAAUACUACACUACUACAUUACAUACUAAUAUAUACUGUAUUAUAUAAUACUACACUACUACAUUACAUACUAAUAUAUACUUUAUUAUAUAAUACUACACUACUAUAUUACAUACUAAUAUAUACUUGAUUAUAUAAUACUACACUACUAGAAUACUAUACUAAUAUAUACAAUAUAUUUUAAUAUUACAUUAACAGAUUACUGUACUAUACUAAUCUAUACUUUAUAUUAUAAUACUACACUAGUAGAAUAAUAUACUAUACUAAUAUAUAUGCAUUUUAUAAUACAACAUUACUAGAAUACUAUACUAUACUUAUAUAUACUGUAUAUUAUAAUACUAGACUACUAGAAUAUUAUACUAUACUAAUAUAUACCAUAUAUUAUAAUACUACACCACACUACAUUACUAUACUAUACUGUAUACAAUACAACAAUACAUUAAGUGUUGUCCGGAGUAGCAGUGUGGUACGUACUACACUAUACAAUACUAAUAUAUAUAAUGCACUAUAUUGGACUACUAUACUGUAGUCUACACUAAUACUACACAACAUUAAUACUGUAAUACAGUAUGUGUAGUGUGUGAUACUAUAAUGCUGUGUACUAUGUGUGUGUGUGUGCGUGUUGUGUAUUUGUGUGGGUGUCUAUUGUGUGUGUACUGUGUGUGUGUACUGUGUGUGUGUAUGUGUUUGGGUUGUGUGUGUGUGUGUGUGUGUGUGUGGUGUAUUUUUGCGUGUGCUCUGUGGGUGUGUACUGUGUGUGUGUGUGUGUGUGUUGGUGUAUUUUGUGUGUGUACUGUGUGUGUGGUGCAUUUUUAUGUGUGUGUGCGCGUAUGUAUGUAGUGUGUGACCUGGUGAGUUGUCAGCUGCCGGAUGUUCCUCGCUGUGAAGACGGUCUGACUGUGGUGCUGACUAACCCUGGAGAAUGUCAACCCAUACACCACUGUGGUGAGUGACACACACACACACACACACACACACACACACACACACACACAUACACACACAUACACACACAUCCUGAAUUAUAUGAUCUCUGUUAAGGAUGACUAUCUGGAUAUCUGACCAUCUGACCAUCUGACCAUCUGACUAUCUGACUAUCUGACUAUCUGACUAUCUGACCAUCUAGAUAUCUGACCUUCUGAAUAUCUGACCAUCUAGAUAUCUGACUAUCUGGAUAUAUGAUCCUCUGAUCAUCUGACCAUCAGACCAUCUGACCAUCUAGAUAUCUGACUAUCUGGAUAUCUGACCAUUUGAUCAGCUGAAUAUCUGGAUGUCUGACCAUCUGAAUAUCUGACCAUCUGACCAUCUGGAUAUCUGGAUAUCUGGAUAUCAGACCAUCUGACCAUCUGACCAUCUAGAUAUCUGACCUUCUGAAUAUCUGACCAUCUGACCAUCUGACCAUCUGGAUAUCUGACAAUCUGACCAUCUGACCAUCUGGAUAUCUGACCAUCUGACCAUCUGGAUAUCUGACCAUCUGACCAUCUGAAUAUCUGAUCCUCUGAUCAUCUGACCAUCAGACCAUCUGACCAUCUAGAUAUCUGACUAUCUGGAUAUCUGACCAUUUGACCAGCUGAAUAUCUGGAUAUCUGACCAUCUGAAUAUCUGACCAUCUGACCAUCUGGAUAUCUGAAUAUCUGACCAUCUGACCAUCUGGAUAUCUGGAUAUCAGACCAUCUGACCAUCUGAACAUCUAGAUAUCUGACCUUCUGAAUAUCUGGAGAUCUGAUCAUCUGACCAUCUGACCAUCUAGAUAUCUGACCAUCUGACCAUCUGACCAUCUGACCAUCUGAAUAUCUGAUCCUCUGACCAUCUGACCAUCUAGAUAUCUGGAUAUCUGACCAUCUGACCAUCUAGAUAUCUGACCAUCUGACCAUCUGACCAUCUGAAUAUCUGGAUAUCUGGAUAUCUGACCAUCUGACCAUCUGAAUAUCUGGAUAUCUGAAUAUCUGGAUAUCUGGAUAUCAGACCAUCUGACCACCUGACCAUCUGACCAUAUAGAUAUCUGACCUUCUGGAUAUCUGACCAUCUGACCAUCUGGAUAUCUGACCAUCUGACCAUCUGACUAUCUGGAUAUCUGAUCCUCUGACCAUCUGGAUAUCUGACCAUCUGACCAUCUGGAUAUCUGACCAUCUGACCAUCUGACCAUCUGACCAUCUGACCAUCUGGAUAUCUGACCAUCUGAAUAUCUGACCAUCUGACCAUCUGGAUAUCUGACCAUCUGACCAUCUGACCAGUUGACCGUCUAACUAGCGCUGCCUAUCUGACCAUCUGGAUAUCUGACCAUCUGACCAUCUGGAUAUCUGACUAUCUGGAUAUCUGACCAUCUGGAUAUCUGACCAUCUGACCAUCUGACCGGUUGACCGUCUAACUAGCGCUGCCUAUCUGACCAUCUGGAUAUCUGACUAUCUGACCAUCUGGAUAUCUGAUUAUCUGGAUAUCUGACUAUCUGGAUAUCUGAACGGACGUUGGUUUUUGUUCACUUGUGUGAGUGAUCAUUUAUGCCAGACAGGGAACCUAAGAAGGAACAGAAAUGAAUUAUUUAGGCUAUAUUAUUUAAAUUAUUUCAAGGCUAUAGCUCCCGAGUGGCGCAGUGGUCUAAGGCAGUGGUCUAAGGCACUGGUCUAAGGCAGCGGUCUAAGGCAGCGGUCUAAGGCACUGGUCUAAGGCAGCGGUCUAAGGCACUGGUCUAAGGCAGCGGUCUAAGGCAGCGGUCUAAGGCACUGGUCUAAGGCAGCGGUCUAAGGCACUGGUCUAAGGCACUGGUCUAAGGCACUGGUCUAAGGCAGCGGUCUAAGGCACUGGUCUAAGGCACUGGUCUAAGGCAGCAGUCUAAGGCACUGGUCUAAGGCAGCGGUCAAAGGCAGCGGUCUAAGGCACUGGUCUAAGGCACUGGUCUAAGGCAGCGGUCUAAGGCACUGGUCUAAGGCACUGGUCUAAGGCAGUGGUCUAAGGCACUGGUCUAAGGCACUGGUCUAAGGCAGUGGUCUAAGGCACUGGUCUAAGGCAGUGGUCUAAGGCACUGGUCUAAGGCAGUGGUCUAAGGCACUGGUCUAAGGCACUGGUCUAAGGCACUGGUCUAAGGCAGCGGUCUAAGGCACUGGUCUAAGGCAGUGGUCUAAGGCACUGGUCUAAGGCAGUGGUCUAAGGCAGUGGUCUAAGGCAGUGGUCUAAGGCAGUGGUCUAAGGCAGUGGUCUAAGGCACUGGUCUAAGGCACUGGUCUAAGGCAGUGGUCUAAGGCACUGGUCUAAGGCACUGGUCUAAGGCAGCGGUCUAAGGCACUGGUCUAAGGCAGUGGUCUAAGGCAGUGGUCUAAGGCAGUGGUCUAAGGCAGUGGUCUAAGGCACUGGUCUAAGGCAGUGGUCUAAGGCAGCGGUCUAAGGCACUGGUCUAAGGCAGGGGUCUAAGGCACUGGUCUAAGGCAGUGGUCUAAGGCAGUGGUCUAAGGCACUGGUCUAAGGCAGCGGACUAAGGCAGCGGUCUAAGGCACUGGUCUAAGGCACUGGUCUAAGGCACUGGUUUAAGGCAGCGGUCUAAGGCAGCGGUCUAAGGCAGCGGUCUAAGGCAGCAGUCUAAGGCAGCGGUCUAAGGCAGCGGUCUAAGGCAGCGGUCUAAGGCAGUGGUCUAAGGCACUGGUCUAAGGCACUGGUCUAAGGCACUGGUCUAAGGCACUGGUCUAAGGCAGCGGUCUAAGGCACUGGUCUAAGGCACUGGUCUAGGGCACUGCAUGUCAGCGGUCUAAGGCAGCGGUCUAAGGCAGCGGUCUAAGGCAGUGGUCUAGGGCACUGGUCUAAGGCACUGCAUCUCAGCGGUCUAAGGCAGCGGUCUAAGGCAGCGGUCUAAGGCAGUGGUCUAAGGCAGUGGUCUAAGGCACUGCAUCUCAGCGGUCUAAGGCACUGCAUCUCAGUGGUCUAAGGCACUGGUCUAAGGCACUGGUCUAAGGCACUGGUCUAAGGCAGCGGUCUAAGGCACUGGUCUAAGGCACUGGUCUAAGGCACUGGUCUAAGGCAGCGGUCUAAGGCACUGCAUAUCAGUGGUCUAAGGCAGUGGUCUAAGGCACUGCAUGUCAGUGGUCUAAGGCACUGCAUCUCAGCUGUCUAAGGCACUGCAUAUCAGUGGUCUAAGGCAGUGGUCUAAGGCACUGCAUGUCAGCGGUCUAAGGCACUGCAUCUCAGUGGUCUAAGGCACUGCAUCUCAGUGGUCUAAGGCACUGCAUCUCAGUGGUCUAAGGCACUGCAUCUCAGUGGUCUAAGGCACUGCAUCUCAGUGGUCUAAGGCACUGCAUCUCAGUGGUCUAAGGCACUACAUCUCAGUGGUCUAAGGCACUGCAUCUCAGUGGUCUAAGGCAGCGGUCUAAGGCACUGCAUCUCAGUGGUCUAAGGCACUGCAUCUCAGUGGUCCAAGGCACUGCAUCUCAGUGGUCUAAGGCAGCGGUCUAAGGCACUGCAUCUCAGUGGUCUAAGGCACUGCAUCUCAGUGAUCUAAGGCACUGGUCUAAGGCACUGCAUCUCAGUGGUCUAAGGCAGCGGUCUAAGGCACUGCAUCUCAGUGGUCUAAGGCACUGCAUCUCAGUGGUCUAAGGCAGCGGUCUAAGGCAAUGCAUCUCAGUGGUCUAAGGCAGCGGUCUAAGGCACUGCAUAUCAGUGGUCUAAGGCAGUGGUCUAAGGCACUGCAUAUCAGUGGUCUAAGGCAGUGGUCUAAGGCACUGCAUCUCAGUGGUCUAAGGUACUGCAUCUCAGCGGUCUAAGGCACUGCAUCUCAGUGGUCUAAGGCACUGGUCUAAGGCACUGCAUCUCAGUGGACUAAGGCAGCGGUCUAAGGCAAUGCAUCUCAGUGGUCUAAGGCACUGCAUCUCAGUGGUCUAAUGCAGCGGUCUAAGGCAAUGCAUCUCAGUGGUCUAAGGCAGCGGUCUAAGGCACUGCAUCUCAGUGGUCUAAGGCACUGCAUCUCAGUGGUCUAAGGCACUGGUCUAAGGCACUGCAUCUCAGUGGUCUAAGGCACUGCAUCUCAGUGGUCUAAGGCACUGCAUAUCAGUGGUCUAAGGCAGUGGUCUAAGGCACUGCAUAUCAGUGGUCUAAGGCAGUGGUCUAAGGCACUGCAUCUCAGUGGUCUAAGGUACUGCAUCUCAGCGGUCUAAGGCACUGCAUCUCAGUGGUGUAAGGCACUGGUCUAAGGCACUGCAUCUCAGUGGUCUAAGGCACUGCAUCUCAGUGGUCUAAGGCAGCGGUCUAAGGCACUGCAUCUCAGUGGUCUAAGGCACUGCAUCUCAGUGGUCUAAGGCACUGCAUCUCAGUGGUCUAAGGCAGCGGUCUAAGGCACUGCAUCUCAGUGGUCUAAGGCAGCGGUCUAAGGCACUGCAUCUCAGUGGUCUAAGGAACUGCAUCUCAGUGGUCUAAGGCACUGGUCUAAGGCACUGCAUCUCAGUGGUCUAAGGCACUGGUCUAAGGCACUGCAUAUCAGUGGUCUAAGGCACUGGUCUAAGGCACUGCAUCUCAGCGGUCUAAGGCACUGCAUCUCAGUGCUAGAGGCGUCACUACAGACCCCUGGUUCGAUUCCAGGCUGUAUCACAACCGGCCGUGAUUGGGAGUCCCAUAGGGCGGCGCACAAUUGGCCCAGCGUCGUCCGGGUUUGGCAGGUGUAGGCCGUCAUUGUAAAUAAACAUUUGUUCUUAACUGACUUGCCUAGUUAAAUAAAGGUUAAAUAAAAACAAAGAAAUACAUUGUGAAGCAUUUGCUAGUGUGACACAUUAAGCAGGUAAGGACAUAAAGAGCUCAGAAGUUUAACAACGUUGUAUUAAAUCAUUAUAGUCUUUAAAUUGUGCAUUUAGGCUGUGACUUACUUAGAAUGAAAUACAAAUUAAAUGGUGCCUUGAGAGCCGGCCAGCAGCGGAGAAUACCCUCUCCACACUUGCAGAGCCACUGGGGAUGCUAAACACCCUUAUGGACACUCUUGCCAGGAUGGGCUAGUCUCCCGAGUGGCGCAGUGGUCUAAGGCACUGCAUCACAGUGCUAGCUGUGCCACUAAGGAUCCUGGUUUGAAUCCAGGCUCUGUCGUAGCCGGCCGCAACCGGGAGACCCAUGGGGCGGCGUGCAAUUGGCCCAGCGUUGUCCAGGGUAGGGGAGGGAAUGGCUGGCAGGGAUGUAGCUCAGUUGAUAGAGCAUGGCGUUUGCAACGCCAGGGUUGUGGGUUCGAUUCCCACAGGGGGUAUGAAAAAUAAUAAUGUAUGCACUAACUGUAAGUCGCUCUGGAUAAGAGCGUCUGCUAAAUGACUAAAAUGUAAAUGUGAUAUGCAGAGUUGUUUUUUUAUUUUUAUAUAGGUUGGCCUAAAUGUUUUUAGGAAAAAUAACCCAAUCAAAAUGGAACUCUCCUUGAACGUGGGAAUAUGCCAGACCUAUUGGGCCUAAAUCAGUUAUGACCUUUUGUAUUGAUAAUAGAACCAAAAUGAAGGAAACGUGUAAGAGAUUGCUUUGCUACAAUGACACACUUAGUUAUCUACCCACCUCGUUCCUUUCUGUUAGCAUGUGAACGUAGUAAUGGCACACUUAGUUAUCUACCCACCUCGUUCCUUUCUGUUAGCAUGUGAACGUAGUAAUGGCACACUUAGUUAUCUACCCACCUCGUUCCUUUCUGUUAGCAUGUACACGUAGUAAUGACACACUUAGUUUACUGGAGAACUACAUGAGCACUACUGGAGCUAAUGGAGCAUUACUGGAGCACUACUAAAACACUACAGGAAGACUACUGGAACACUACUGGAGGACUACUGGAGCACUACUGGAGCUAAUGGAGCACUACUGGCAAACUACUGGAACACUACUGGAACACUACUGGAGCACUACUGGAAAACUACUGGAACACUACUGGAGCUACUGGAGCACUACUGGAGCACUACUGGAGCUAAUGGAGCACUACUGGAGCACAACUGGAACAUUACUGGAACACUACUGGAGGACUACUGGAACACUACUGGAGCACUACUGGCACACUAAUGAGCACUACUGGAGCACUACUGGAGCACUACUGGAGCUAAUGGAGCACUACUGGAGCACAACUGGAACAUUACUGGAACACUACUGGAGGACUACUGGAACACUACUGGAGCACUACUGGCACACUAAUGAGCACUACUGGAGCACUACUGAAGCUACUGGAGCACUACUGGAGCACUACUGGAGGACUACUGGAACACUACUGGAGCACUACUGGAGCACUACUGGAACAUUACUGGAACACUACUGGAGGACUACUGGAACACUACUGGAGCACUACUGAAGCUACUGGAGCACUGCUGGAGCACUACUGGAGGACUACUGGAACAUUACUGGAGCACUACUGGAGCACUACUGGAGGACUACUGGAACACUACUGGAGGACUACUGGAGCACUACUGAAGCACUACGGGAGCACUAGUGGAUGACUACUGGAACACUAUUGGAACACUACUGGAGGACUACUGGAACACUACUGGAAAACUACUGGAGCACUACUGGAGCUACUGGAGCACUACUGGAGCACUACUGGAGCACUACUGGAACACUACUGGAGGACUACUGGAACACUACUGGAGCACUACUGGCACACUAAUGAGCACUACUGGAGCACUACUGAAGCUACUGGAGCACUACUGGAGCACUACUGGAGCACUACUGGAGCACUACUGGAGGACUACUGGAACACUACUGGAGCACUACUGGAGGACUACUGGAACACUACUGGUGGACUACUGGAGCACUACUGGAGCACUACUGGAGCACUACUGGAGCACUACUGGAUGACUACUGGAACACUACUGGAACACUACUGGAGCACUACUGGAGGACUACUGGAACACUACUGGAACACUACUGGAGCACUACUGGAGGACUACUGGAACACUACUGGAGCACUACUGGAGGACUACUGGAACCCUACUGGAGCACUAUUGGAUCUACUGGAGCACUACUGGAACACUACUGGAGCUACUGGAGCACUACUGGAACACUACUGGAGGACUACUGGAGCACUACUGGAGCACUACUGGAGCUACUGGAGCACUACUGGAGCACUACUGGAACACUACAGUAGCACUACUGGAGGAAUACUGGAGCUACUGGAGCACUACUGGAGCACUACUGGAGGACUACUGGAGGACUACUGGAGCACUACUGGAACACUACUGGAGGACUACUGGAGGACUACUGGAACACUACUGGAGCACUACUGGAGCACUACUGGAGCUACUGGAGCUCUACUGGAACACUAAAGCACUACUGGAGCACUACUGGAACACUACUGGAGCAAUACUGGAGCACUACUGGAGGACUACUGGAACACUACUGGAGCACUACUGGAGCACUACUGGAGAUACUGGAGCACUACUGGAGCACUACUGGAGCUACUGGAGCACUACUGGAACACUACUGGAGGAUUACUGGAACACUACUGGAGCACUACUGGAACAUUACUGGAGGACUACUGGAACACUACUGGAGCACUACUGGAGCUACUGGAGCACUACUGGGGGACUACUGGAGGACUACUGGAGGAUUACUGGAGCACUACUGGAACACUACUGGAACACUACUGGAGGACUACUGGAGCACUACUGGAGCACUACUGGAGCACUACUUGAGCAUUACUGGAUCACUACUGGAGCACUACUGGAGGAUUACUGGAGCACUACUGGCGCAUUACUGGAGCACUACUGGAGGACUACUGGAGCACUACUGGAGCACUACUGGAGCACUACUGGAGCACUACUGGAACACUACUGGAGGACUACUGGAACACUACUGGAGCAGUACUGGAGCUACUGGAGCACUACUGGAACACUACUGGAUGACUACUGGAGCACUACUGGAGCACUACUGGAGGACUACUGGAGCACUACUGGAGCACUACUGGAGCACUACUGGAGGACUACUGGAGGACUACUGGAGCACUACUGGAGCUACUGGAGUACUACUGGAACAGUACUGGAGGACAACUGGAGCUACUGGAGCACUACUGGAGGACUACUGGAGCACUAAUGGAACACUACUGGAGCACUACUGGAGCUACUGGAGCACUACUGGAACACUACUGGAGCACUACUGGAGCACAACUAGAACACUACUGGCGCACUACUGAAGCACUACUGGAGCACUCCUGGAGCACUACUGGAGCACUACUGGAACCCUACUGGAGGACUACUGGAACACUACUGGAGCUACUGGAGCACCACUGGAGCACUACUGGAGCUACUGGAGCACUACUGGAGCACUACUGGAGCUAAUGGAGCACUACUGGAGCACUACUGGAGUACUACUGGAACACUACUGGAACACUACUGGAGGACUACUGCAACACUACUGGAGCAAUACUGAAGCUACUGGAGCACUACUUGAGCACUAUUGGAGGACUUUUGGAACACUACUGGAGGACUACUGGAGGACUACUGGAGGACUACUGGAGCACUACUGGAGCACUACUGGAACACUACUGGAGCACUACUGGAUGACUACCGGAACACUUCUGGAACACUACUGGAGGACUACUGGAGGACUACUGGAACACUACUGGAACACUAUUGGAGGACUACUGGAACACUACUGGAGCACUACUGGAGCACUACUAGAGCACUACUGGAUGACUACUGGAGCACUACUGGAGGACUACUGGAGCACCACUGGAGCACUACUGGAGGACUACUGGAGCACUACUGGAGGACUACUGGAACACUACUGGAGGACUACUGGAGCACCACUGGAGGACUACUGGAACACUACUGGAUGACUACUGGAGCACAACUGGAGGACUACUGGAGCACUACUGGAGCCCAACUGGAGGACUACUGGAGCACUACUGGAGGACUACUGAAAAACUACUGGAGGACUACCGGAACACUACUGGAGGACUGCUGGAGCACUACUGGAGGACUACUGGAACACUACUGGAUGACUACUGGAGCACUACUGGAGGACUACUGGAGGACUACUUAAACACUACUGGAACACUACUUGAGGACUACUGGAACACUACUGGAGCACUACUGGAGGACUACUGGAGCACUGCUGGAGCACUACUGGAGCACUACUGGAGGACUACUGGAACACUACUGGAGCACUACUAGAGCACUACUGGAGGACUACUUGAACACUACUGGAACACUACUGGAGGACUACUGGAACACUACUGGAGCACUACUGGAGCACUACUGGAGCACUACUGGAACAAUACUGGAGCUACUGGAGCACUACUGGAGGACUACUGGAGCACUACUGGAACACUACUGGAGCACUACUGGAGCUACUGGAGCACUACUGGAACACUACUGGAGCACUACUGGAGCACAACUAGAACACUACUGGCGCACUACUGAAGCACUACUGGAGCACUCCUGGAGCACUACUGGAGCACUACUGGAACCCUACUGGAGGACUACUGGAGGACUACUGGAACACUACUGGAGCUACUGGAGCACCACUGGAGCACUACUGGAGCUACUGGACCACUACUGGAGCACUACUGGAGCUAAUGGAGCACUACUGGAGCACUACUGGAGUACUACUGGAACACUACUGGAACACUACUGGAACACUACUGGAUGACUACUGGAGCACUACUGGAGGACUACUGGAACACUACUGGAGCUACUGGAGCACCACUGGAGCACUACUGGAGCUACUGGAGCACUACUGGAGCACUACUGGAGCUAAUGGAGCACUACUGGAGCACUACUGGAGUACUACUGGAACACUACUGGAACACUACUGGAGGACUACUGCAACACUACUGGAGCAAUACUGAAGCUACUGGAGCACUACUUGAGCACUAUUGGAGGACUUUUGGAACACUACUGGAGGACUACUGGAGGACUACUGGAGGACUACUGGAGCACUACUGGAGCACUACUGGCACACUACUGGAGCACUACUGGAUGACUACCGGAACACUUCUGGAACACUACUGGAGGACUACUGGAGGACUACUGGAACACUACUGGAACACUAUUGGAGGACUACUGGAACACUACUGGAGCACUACUGGAGCACUACUAGAGCACUACUGGAUGACUACUGGAGCACUACUGGAGGACUACUGGAGCACCACUGGAGCACUACUGGAGGACUACUGGAGCACUACUGGAGGACUACUGGAACACUACUGGAGGACUACUGGAGCACCACUGGAGGACUACUGGAACACUACUGGAUGACUACUGGAGCACAACUGGAGGACUACUGGAGCACUACUGGAGCCCAACUGGAGGACUACUGGAGCACUACUGGAGGACUACUGGAAAACUACUGGAGGACUACCGGAACACUACUGGAGGACUGCUGGAGCACUACUGGAGGACUACUGGAACACUACUGGAUGACUACUGGAGCACUACUGGAGGACUACUGGAGGACUACUUAAACACUACUGGAACACUACUUGAGGACUACUGGAACACUACUGGAACACUACUGGAGCACUACUGGAGGACUACUGGAGCACUACUGGAGCACUACUGGAGCACUACUGGAGGACUACUGGAACACUACUGGAGCACUACUAGAGCACUACUGGAGGACUACUUGAACACUACUGGAACACUACUGGAGGACUACUGGAACACUACUGGAGCACUACUGGAGCACUACUGGAGCACUACUGGAACAAUACUGGAGCUACUGGAGCACUACUGGAGGACUACUGGAGCACUACUGGAACACUACUGGAGCACUACUGGAGCUACUGGAGCACUACUGGAACACUACUGGAGCACUACUGGAGCACAACUAGAACACUACUGGCGCACUACUGAAGCACUACUGGAGCACUCCUGGAGCACUACUGGAGCACUACUGGAACCCUACUGGAGGACUACUGGAGGACUACUGGAACACUACUGGAGCUACUGGAGCACCACUGGAGCACUACUGGAGCUACUGGACCACUACUGGAGCACUACUGGAGCUAAUGGAGCACUACUGGAGCACUACUGGAGUACUACUGGAACACUACUGGAACACUACUGGAACACUACUGGAUGACUACUGGAGCACUACUGGAGGACUACUGGAGCACCACUGGAGCACUACUGGAGGACUACUGGAGGACUACUGGAACACUACUGGAGGACUACUGGAGCACCACUGGAGGACUACUGGAACACUACUGGAUGACUACUGGAGCGCCACCGGAGGACUACUGGAGCACUACUGGAGCCCUACUGGAGCACUACUGGAGCACUACUGGAGGACUACUGGAACACUACUGGAGGACUACCGGAACACUACUGGAGGACUGCUGGAGCACUACUGGAGGACUACUGGAACACUACUGGAUGACUACUGGAGCACCGCUGGAGGACUACUGGAGGACUACUUGAACACUACUGGAACACUACUGGAGGACUACUGGAACACUACUGGAGCACUACUGGAGCACUACUGGAGCACUACUGGAGGACUACUGGAGCACUACUGGAGCACUACUGGAGCACUACUGGAGGACUACUGGAACACUACUGGAGCACUACUGGAGGACUACUGGAACACUACUGGAGCACUACUAGAGCACUACUGGAGCACUACUGGAACAAUACUGGAGCACUACUGGAACACUACUGGAGGACUACUGGAACACUACGGGAGUACUACUGGAGGACUACUGGAGGCUACUGGAGCACUACUGGAGGACUACUGGAGCACUACUGGAGGACUACUGGAGGACUACUGGAACACUACUGGAGCACUACUGGAGGACUACUGGAACACUACUGGAGCACUACUGGAGCACUACUGGAGGACUACCGGAGCACUACUGGAGCACUACUGGAGCACUACUGGAGGACUACUGGAACACUACUGGAGCACUACUAGAGCACUACUGGAGGACUACUUGAACACUACUGGAACACUACUGGAGGACUACUGUAACACUACUGGAGCACUACUGGAGCACUACUGGAGCACUACUGGAGCACUACUGGAACAAUACUGGAGCUACUGGAGCACUACUGGAGGACUACUGGAGCACUACUGGAACACUACUGGAGCACUACUGGAGCUACUGGAGCACUACUGGAACACUACUGGAGCACUACUGGAGCACAACUAGAACACUACUGGCGCACUACUGAAGCACUACUGGAGCACUCCUGGAGCACUACUGGAGCACUACUGGAACCCUACUGGAGGACUACUGGAGGACUACUGGAGCUACUGGAGCACCACUGGAGCACUACUGGAGCUACUGGAGCACUACUGGAGCACUACUGGAGCUAAUGGAGCACUACUGGAGCACUACUGGAGUACUACUGGAACACUACUGGAACACUACUGGAACACCACUGGAACACUACUGGAGGACUACUGGAGCACUACUGAAGCUACUGGAGCACUACUGGAGCACUACUGGAGGACUACUGGAACACUACUGGAGGACUACUGGAGGACUACUGGAGCACUACUGGAGCACUACUGGAACACUACUGGAACACUACUGGAGCACUACUGGAUGACUACCGGAACACUACUGGAACACUACUGGAGGACUACUGGAGGACUACUGGAACACUACUGGAACACUAUUGGAGGACUACUGGAACACUACUGGAGCACUACUAGAGCACUACUGGAUGACUACUGGAGCACUACUGGAGGACUACUGGAGCACCACUGGAGCACUACUGGAGGACUACUGGAGCCCUACUGGAGGACUACUGGAACACUACUGGAGGACUACUGGAACACUACUGGAGGACUACCGGAACACUACUGGAGGACUGCUGGAGCACUACUGGAGGACUACUGGAACACUACUGGAUGACUACUGGAGCACUACUGGAGGACUACUGGAGGACUACUUGAACACUACUGGAACACUACUGGAACACUACUGGAGCACUACUGGAGCACUACUGGAGCACUACUGGAGGACUACUGGAGCACUACUGGAGCACUACUGGAGCACUACUGGAGGACUACUGGAACACUACUGGAACACUACUGGAGCACUACUAGAGCACUACUGGAGGACUACUUGAACACUACUGGAACACUACUGGAGGACUACUGGAACACUACUGGAGCACUACUGGAGCACUACUGGAACACUACUGGAGCACUACUAGAGCACUACUGGAGCACUACUGGAACAAUACUGGAGCACUACUGGAACACUACUGGAGGACUACUGGAACACUACGGGAGUACUACUGGAGGACUACUGGAGGCUACUGGAGCACUACUGGAGGACUACUGGAGCACUACUGGAGGACUACUGGAACACUACUGGAGCACUACUGGAGGACUACUGGAACACUACUGGAGCGGAAAUUGGAGUGUGAGUGAAGGUCAAUGUGCCAGCCUUCAGGAAUUGUCUCUUCUUCAGUCAAAUUGUCUGUUCUCCAGCCAAAUUGUCUUUGCUCCAGCCAAAUUGUCUUUGCUCCAGCCAAAUUGUCUUUGCUCCAGUCAAAUUGUCUUUGCUCCAGUCAAAUUGUCUUUGCUCCAGUCAAACUGGGCACGCUCCGCUCCAGUCAAAUUGUCUUUGCUCCAGUCAAAUUGUCUUUGCUCCAGUCAAACUGGGCACGCUCCGCUCCGCUCCAGCUCCUCACACCUAACUGAGGUUGUUGUCCACCAGCCAGCUCUUUCUCUGACGAAGCGCCUCAGAAUGGAACUUGACUGGAAGUGUGGAAGGCUAUGCAGUAGCAGUGAAAACAGACGGCGGGUUUAAUUAGUUGUUUUCUUAGUCCAUCACCAUCUAACAUAACCCUGUAACCCCAUAACCACACAACAUUGUGGACUUCAAAGCUCGAGCGUCAUAAGUGAUUUAAACAAGGAAGGGAUUUCGUAAAUCUGAAACUACGCAUAUUAAAAAUAGUUGUCACAUAUAAUCUUUAGAUGCCCGAACUCAGAAUCAAUUGGGCUUCCCAAAAAUAAUAUGUUCAAUGUGAUAGAAAAUGUUGAUUGGCAAUUUUGGCAAUUUUUCAGUGUCAUCUAAUACAGCUGUAGCAGGCUUGCGCCCUCUCCCGCCUAGCUUUUAACCAAAUCCCUUUCAAGUUCCACUUUGUAGCACAGUGUUACCAGGCUCUAUGCGCCAGCAAUUCAAGCCUGGGGACGAGGUUACACAAGACCUGACACAGAGUCAUGCAAAACACUCACCAGAAAACAUUAUUGAACAAGAAUCAGUCCUAUGAUGGGUGUUAGCCAAUAACUAUCGGAGAAUAGCAACCUGCCCUCUAUAUUUGUGUCAUUCUGAUUGGUCAGGAGAAACAAGAGCAACUUAUUUUAAUAUUAUUAAUAUUAUUAUUAUUAUUUUCGACAUCCGAAAGAAUUGGAUUAUAUUAUUUGAAUGGUGAAAUAACUCUCUCUCUCUCUCUCUCUCUCUCUCUCUCUCUCUCUCUCUCUCUCUCUCUUUACCUCUACCUCUGUCUCUGUCUCUGUCUCUGUCUCUGUCUCUGUCUCUGUCUCUGUCUCUCUCUCUCUCUCUCUCUCUCUCUCUCUCUCAGCCUGUAAGAAGAAGGAGUGUUCUCUCCAGGUUCCACCUGCUUGCCCCACCCACCGCCGGCUGUCCGUUAAACAGACGCAGUGCUGUGAUUCGUUCCAGUGUGUGUGUGACUGUCAUAACGCCACCCACUCCUGUCCUCCUGGAUUCAUCACCUCCUCCUCCACCAACGACUGUGGCUGCACCGAGACCGCCUGCCUGCCUGACCAGGUGUGUGUGUGUGUAGGGGUGUGUGUGUAGGUGUGUAGGUGUGUGUGUGUGUGUGUGUGUGUGUGUGUGUUUACUCCUCUAAUGUUUCUCUGUUUGUCUAGGUGUGUGUGGUAGGGGGUGUGGUCUACCGUGUGGGGAGCCAAUGGGAGGAGGGCUGUGAGAAAUGCAGCUGCACCCAUCAGCAGGACACACACACUAACCUGCACAUCGCUCAGUGUGUCCCACCUGUCUGUGACCACUCCUGUCCUCUG